AUGACAUAUCCAACACAUCGAUCACGGUCGACCGGUCGAUUGCUGGAUGGAUUUUGGUCUAUUGCACUAUGGCUAGGCAGACUUUGCUCCUCUCUCACAGCUGGGGCUCUCGCCGUCCCAUGGGCUUACAAGGCAGCUGCAGGAGGAAUAGAGUUUGAUCUCUGCUUUCGCCUCCCAUUAGCUGCAGAGCGUGCACCAGCAGGCUGGAUGGGGCUUGCGAGGGAAGGGAGAGAGCUGCGCCUCCGCUUUUCCUGUCCUGUGAGCACCAGAGCUUUGCUUAGCUAUGGAAGCCUCUCUUGGCUGGGAAGCCCUUACUGGGUGCUUCAGGGCCUCGCUCGUAUGGGGAGAGCAUGCAGCAGUCCGCCUCAGGAGCAAACUAAAGUGGGGUGCGAGGGUGCUGAUGUUCUGCAUUUGGGACAAGGUUGGCUAAAAGGAGAGCGCCUUUCCUUCCUUCUCCAUGCAGAGCAUUCUGUGGCUUAAUCAGCAGUCAUCUUCAUUUUAGGCAAUGCAUGGAAGAAGGCGAUGAAAUAAAUCCGCGCUAAGGAAAGAAAGGGGUUUUUCCUUGCCACCAACAAUGCCUUAUAAAUUGCCUCUAAAGCAAAGAAACUGAAGUAUGACAAUGUGAAAGUGUGGUAGAUCACUGCCAGUUUUUGAUACUGGAUAGUAGAUCACAGCCUACGUGAAGUUGGACAUGCCUGACAUAUGGAACUGAAUUUGGAAGGUAAGGAGAGGAAUCAUAAAGUAGACCUUGCCACUGGCUGUAUCACAACCAAGUGUCUAUCUCCAAAGGAAAUAGAAAUUUAUAUUGCAAAAAGUGAAAAAAAAUGGGCCAACAAAUGCUCUUUCUGGUUGUAUUAACUGCAGCUUUUAAAAAAAAUCAUCAGUAUACUCAAAUAUGGAAUUGGAGCAAGAAGAAACUGUUGGAAACCUUAUCACCAAACAAGGAGCUGCUGAUCUGGGUAACCUUGCACAGUAUUUUGAUAGAGGGGCAGAUGCAGAAAAUGAGACUGACAAAGAAACAGACAUACAGACACAUGUGGAAGUGAAUUAAAAAGGUGAGAGGAGUAAUCACAAUGAAGGCCUUGGCACCUCAAAUUUCAGUGGCAGUGCCAAAACACAGCACCCCCUGUCUCUUGCCUUCCAUUGGGGCACCUGUUGCAGCACCCCAGAAGCUCUGCAUCUGAUGUAACUGUACCAGACAUGCUCCCCUAGAUCCACCUUUGCACAGGAUGUAUCACAACUGAGUUUCCAUCUCAAAAGCAAAUAGAAAAGUAUAUCACAAAGAGUCUCAUCCCUCAGCCUAAAACAUUCCCAAAAGAUACUUGCAAUCAAAUUUUCCCAGAAAGCAUUCUGAAAAUUUCAGGGCACUAAUGGAGAAGCACAUGUACAAGAUUGUCUUGUCUGGAGUCAACAGAAAGACGCUUUAUAUUGCUUUCCAUGACAAUUAUUUUGGCGCAAAGCAGUCAACAUUAGCACUUCUGUGUCUAACUCUGCACUGGUAUCUGCUGAAGGCUGGGAUUUUAAUAGAAAGUGGUGGAAACUUUCUCAUAGGAUCCCCAAACCUUUAAAUGGGAGCAGCAGCAACAACAACUUAUACCUGACCCAUCUGACUGGGUUGCCCCAGCCACUCUGGGUGGUUUCCAACAUAAUAUACAACAACACAACAAAAGCGGCACAACAGAACAUCACACACCAAAAGGAAAAGUCAAAGAGAAUAAUACCUAGUUUGGUGAGAACUAGAAAGAUGCCUGCUGUCUUGGACAGGAGCUGACAUCAUCUUAGAAAUGAUAUAUAAUGAGUUAAAGAAAUUGUACAAGUGUACAUUUGUUUAAAAAGCUGUAAAGUUUCUGUUGGGUAUAUUAGGUGAAGGAAUCCCAAAGAAAGAUCAAAUACUGUUUAUGUAUGCAACUAUGGCAGCAAGGACUCUUUAGCCCCAAAAUGGAAACAACAGGAAUUACCAACGAUUGAAGAGUGGCAGACAAAGAUGAUGGAAUAUUCAGAAUUGGUGAAGCUGACUGGGAAAAUCCGAAACCAGCGCGAUUAAGCUUUCCAAAAAGACGGGUAAAUUUGUACAAUAUUUGAAGGACAAUUGGAAACAAUUAACAACACUUGCAGGACUCAUUUAAAAAUACUUGUAAUGAUUAUGAAUUAUAUCUUCUUAUAUUUAUUUUAAAAUUUGACAAUUGAAUUGAAGAAAGAUGGUGCUGUGGGUUAAACCACAGAGCCUAGGACUUGCCGAUCAGAAGGUCGGUGGUUUGAAUCCCCGCGACAGGGUGAGCUCCCAUUGCUCGGCCCCUGCUCCUGCCAACUGAGCAGUUCGAAAGCACGUCAAAGUGCAAGUACAGUGGUACCUUGGGUUAAGUACUUAAUUUGUUCCAGGGGUCCGUUCUUAACCUGAAACUGUUCUUAACCUGAAGCACCACUUUAGCUAAUGGGGCCUCCCACUGCUGCCGCAUCACUGGAGCACGAUUUCUGUUCUCAUCCUGAAGCAAAGUUCUUAACCCGAGGUACUAUUUCUGGGUUAGUGGAGUCUGUAACCAGAAGCGUAUGUAACCUGAAGCAUUUGUAACUCGAGGUACCACUGUAGAUAAAUAGGUACCGCUCCGGCGGGAAGGUAAACUGCCUUUCCUUGCACUGCUCUGGUUCGCCAGAAGCGGCUUAGUCAUGCUGGCCACAUGUACGCUGGCUCCCUGGGCCAAUAAAGUGAGAUGAGCGCCACAACCCCAGAGUCGGUCACGAGUGGACCUAAUGGUCAGGGGUCCCUUUACCUUUAAGUAGGAAAAGAUACAAAUGCUAUGACAUAGAACAGAAAUAUGGUAACCAUGACGCAGGAGGGAGGGAAGUUGAACAGCCUCAUAAGAGCAAAAGCUAUUGUGAAAAACAAGGAUGUAUUUAAAUGUUAUAAAAUGGAAACUUAAUAAAAAAAAAUUAUAUAUAUAUAUAUAUAUAUACACACACACAGAUAAAAGGAGUGAGCGACCUCAAGUUCAUUUUCUGUGCCCUGAUUCCCAAAAUGAAUUUAUUGCUGAAUGCUUGAAUCUUUUGAAACAACACAUUUUGCUCAAGAGGCAUCUGCAAAGUACUUUGCAAUAAGAGUAGAUUCCACACCAGAUUGUUCCCAUAUUGAACAAGCAACAUUUCUUUUUAGAUACAUACUUUUUAAAGAAAUAAAGUAUGAGAUUCAAGAAAGAUUUCUCAAGUUGGCAGGUUGUAGCAACAAAAGGGGAAUAAAUUGCUCAUUUCAUAACAUUAAAUGAAACAUUAAAUGAAACAUGCUCAAGCUCAAGCCUACAAUAAUGGGGCAAAAAUGACUGCAAAAUACAAUGGUGCACAAGGAAACAUUCAAGAAGAAUGCUCAACAUCUUUUUCUUCACCUUGCUGUUGUCACACAUUCAACUGAUGUGGAAAAGAUGUUGUUGAAUGCCUACCUGAAGCAACUACCUUUUUUUAUUUUUUUGAACAAUUCAACCUGUGUACCACUUUUCAGUUCCAGCCCUAAUUGAAAGGAUUUCCAGGAACAGUAGCUUCUGCAGAGAGGUCAUUUAGCAAACCUAAGUCAAUUAAGAAUUAUUUAAGGCUUACAAUGUCUCAGGAAUAUCUUGUGGAUUUGGAAAGGUAAAGUAUUGAAUCUAACAUUGCCAGAACAAUUAGUUUUCAUGCUGUGAUUCCAAAGGUUUCACAAAACAGCCAGAAAGGUUCUUUUUCUAAAGUACAUAGUAAGUUUAUCAAUCUCUCUAUCAUCUAUAUCUAUAUCUAUAUCUAUAUCUAUAUCUAUAUCUAUAUCUAUAUCUAUAUCUAGAUCUAGAUCUAGAUCUAGAUCUAGAUCUAGAUCUAGAUCUAGAUCUAGAUCUAUAUCUAUAUCUAUAUCUAUAUCUAUAUCUAUCUUUACUAAUGCAAAUGUUUUGUGAUGAUCUGAUCUGCAUUUAAAUAUAAAAGGAUGUUUUGAUGUGAAUUCAUUCUCCUUAUCAGUAUUGUAGAACAAAGAUGUUCAAAUCAAAUGUGCUUUCAUUCAAUCAUGGGACUAAAACCACCUUGGUUGUGCUAGUCAAUGCUCUCAGACUUCUAACCCCAAUGACUUCUAUCCCCAAUGGCAGGGUUCCACCUCCAUCUUUGAAGUCAGUAUUGCUAUGAAUGUCUGUUGCUGGGAAAACGCUAGGCGACAAGUGCAGAUUAUUAUUGUUUGACAGAACUCUGGGGACCUACUGUGGGAGUCAUGAUUCAGGGACAUAAGAUGAUCCUUUUGGAUCUGACCAAAAGCCCAUUUAGUCCAGCAUUUUGUUCUCAGAGCUCCUAACCAAAUGUCUGUUGGAAAGUACAGAAAAUAAGGCAUGAGCAGAGUAGUCGUAAUGUAGGGAAUGAAGCCAUCAUGACCAGAAGUCGUUGACAGUAGGGAUGUCCACAGACCAUGCUGUAGUCAUGCACUUGGUAGGGAUCCGAUGGCCAUCUAAUUCAACCCCUCUGCAAUUCAGGAAUCUCUGCUAAGUCACCUGUGAAAGGUGGCUGUCCAAACUCUGCUUAAUAACCGCCAAGGAAGGAGAGUCCACAACCUCCCGAGUGACUCCUGACAGCUCUGUAAAAAAGUUAUUCCUGGUGUUCUAUUGCACAACACACAAAAUGCCUCUGAAAUGAAAAUAGCAAUUUUUUUUACCAAUUUUGAGGUACUGAACACAAAAGCAACAACAAAUUUGCCAAUUGGCUCAUGUUUCAGAGAUACAAAGAUGCUCAUAUAUAAAUGAACCAGUAGGCAGUGAGUACAUAAUUUCAUUUGACAACAGUGUACCUCACUGUAUUUCAAACUCCUGAUUGUGAGAUAUGGCAUCCUAUUGCAUCAGCCAAAGUGCAAUUGCAAAAUGGUUGCCGUGCUGGAAGAGAAGAUGCAGGUACUUGAGGGCUGCCUAGCCACGCUUUGAACUACAUUUCAUUUUGUUUCAUUUAUUAUAUUUCUAUGCUGCUUUUCACUCACAUGAGUCACAAAGCGGCUUACAAACAAACAAUAAAGAACAGUAAUCUAAAAGAACAUCACAAUUAGACCAUUAAUCAGAAUAAUUGACAAUUAUCAGUAAAACAACUACAAAACAUAACAAAAGCAAUAAUCUUCUCUAAAACACUAUUAACAAAACAACUAAAAAACCCCACGAAACAGCACAACCAGAACAAAAGUCAGAAGAUUCACAAAACACAACAGAACUCAUAAUCUGCAAAACAAUACAGUGGUUCCUCAGGUUAAGUACUCAAUUCAUUCCGGAACUCCGUUCUUAACCUGAAACUGUUAAAAUCUUGACAUCUGAUUUAUUAUUACUGUUUAUUGAAUUGAUAUCCCACCCUUCCUCCUAAAGAGGCCGAGGUCAACAAAGAGGCAUCAAAAAAGAAGAAGAAAAAAGUAGAAACAGAUUAAUACAAUACAUCUGACUGGCUGCCACAGAGGUCCUAAAACAGAUCGCAUCCAAAGGAAGCUUUGUCUUCCAAUUUUGAAAAACAUAAUUUCUGGAACAGUAUGUACUCUGUAUUUCCAAAAUACCCCACCACUCCUUCUCUGCUGGAACUCCCAGGCACCUUUCCUUCGCCUAUAAAUUUUCCCAAGCCAGCUUCUUCUUCCACAGGUCGCCUGGUGGUUCGUUUCAAGUGCUCCUUGGCUUUUGAAAGCUCUGGCAUUAUGAAGGCCUUCCUGAGUAUGUGCUUUCUCUUCAUCCUAGUUUCUUCUGGUGAGUAGGAAGGUUUCUCUUAAUCAGUGCUUUUUUUUCUAAAAAGAUUUUUUUAGGGGUACUCACAUUUUCCUACUCAUACAGUGGACCCUCGGAUUACGUUACCUUCAGGUAACGUAAUCCCUGGGUUGGGAACGCAGCAACCUGGAAGUGUAUACUUCAAGAUUUUGCCCAGCGCACAUGCGCAGAAGCGCUCUGCACACCGCACGCAUGCACAGAAGGGCACCUCCAGUUACGAAAUUUUCGGGAUACGGCCGGGCCUCCGGAACAGAUCCCAUUCGUAACCGGAGGUACCACUGUUUUGAAAUACUGCCCUUCAAUGAGGACAAACUAAGAUUCACAAAAUGUUUAGGGGUAUGCAUCCCCCUGCAUCCCCACCCCACUCUCAGCUGACUGCUCUCAAUCAUAUCGGGAUGGUUGUCAGCGGCGGUCAGAUUGGGAAAACUGAAAUAGGUUUUUGGAAGAGAAAAGGAGCUGAGAAUAUGGAUAAGAAUGGGAGGAUCUGAGAAUCUGGACUCUAAAUUUUGGAGAGGGGAGAAGACCAGUAAACUUCAGAUACAUGUUGUAAGUUACAGGUCUCAUUUUGAAGUCUGGAAAGGAGGUCUGCUUUUAUGUUUAUUUUCUUUCAAUUGGGAGAUGAGUUGAGUUGAGUAUAAUGGGUUAGAAGUGCAUUAAAGGAGCCAAGAGAACAUAGUUCUGAGGGUUAGAAAAGAGUGAAGACUAUGAGUCAUUCACAAGGAUUUGUGAAUGACCCAUAGGAUCUCAACUCAGUUUCAGCCGUAAGGAAUCAGUGGCCCAACGGAAUAAAGGGACUGCUCCAAACUGCAUACAACUGAACUCAACCACAAGGCAGUAAGUCAUUAUUUCUUGUCAUUGAGACUAAAACAAGUGUAAAUAGAAGAGUGGAGUAUUAGGAGUUUAGAAUGGGGCACAAAUGUGUCCAACAUGCAUUAUGGACAUGCACCUCAUACAAACCUCACAUUCAGAUGGUGUAGCAAAUUUUGUAAAGGUGGCUGUUACACUAGUAGAGAGUAUGUCUGUUUCUUGAGGUUAGCUCAACAAUGGGACUCUCAGUUUCUUUCAGAUUUUUUCUUCCUGAAGCAGUGAUUGGUGACACCAAAUGGAGAAAUGGGGAGUGGGUGGAAUAAAACACAGGGAUCCCAGGUGCAGCAUGACUUCAAGGUAAACAGUUGUGCUUCCUGUGCUGUUCUGGCUACCCUGUUUGGGAUUGAUACACUUUUCAUGAAGACCUCAUGCAGCCUGUAAUAGGUUGCCUACCUGCCAUCCCUGUGUUGGUAAUUGACAGUGUUUGGGAAGGAAGGUAGAUGGGGAAGCCUCUCCUGCUGCACCUUUCUUCCCAUAACCUUCAGGCCCUCCCCAUCUAGCCAACAGCUAUUUGUUGGGCUGUUGGUAGCACACUUACCAGCACCAGUAAUGUGGCUGUGUAUGGAAGUGUGUGAUAGGACUUAUGAAAUCCUAUCUUAAAAGUCACUACUCAAAUGAUUGCUGAUGGCAAGAACUGAGAACAACAUUGGGACUGUGAGAGGGAGGUUUGAAUCUUCUCAUCACCAUGUGUUGAGGUGCAGGGAAAUGUGUGUAAAUAGGAAUAAGGCUGUGCAUCUGUCUGUGUCUGUGUCUGUGUAUAUUUGUGUGUGAGAGAGAUAGACACAUGCAGCCUCUGCCCCACCAUUGGAAGUGGAUCUUGAGAUAAGUAAGAUUCCUCAUGUCUGGUAAUAGUGGUUUAAAUCCAAGAGCUGAGAUCAAGGAAAGAUUUCUCUCUGUGAACGUACGUAGAUGUCAUUUCUCAAGGAAUGAGAAACUCAUGGCAAUGAGUGUUUCCUACGCUUUCCUUCCAGAUGUGCCGCAUCUAUGUUACAAUUUUUUUUACUUUCAAAUGGGAGUUUCAGAGGUCUGUCCUAAUGGAGAGAACAGCUGCUUUUCUGAUUUUACUGAAAAUGACUUAGGUGAGUGUAAAACCUUUUAGCCCAAUCAUAGCUGAGUGUGUGGACCCUGGAUUAUUUGGGGAUGAUGUGCAUGUAUGAAUGCAAAAUGACCACAGAGUGUGCUCUCUUUUUUUCAGUGUAGAGCUUUCAUGCAUAGUGUGUGCUGCCGCAACUCACCUGUAUUUCCUUGUUCAUGCUUUCUUCUUUAAAGUCACAUUCCACAACAUUUAGAAGUCUACAUGGAGAGGCUGAAAAUUAUUAUUAUUAUUAUAUAUUUAUUUACACUCUACCUUUCCCCCUGACGAGACUCAUGGCGGCUUACAGACAAAAACAAGAACCUCUAAAAACAUAGACAAAUCAACCAUAUUGCCAAGCAGGCCUGCAAUAUGGUGACAGCUCACAUCCUCAACCUCUGACAGGUACACUCUAACAUCAACUGAAGGCACAAGGGAUCUAUUUUUAAAAUAACAAACAUCUAUCAUCUAUCUGUCUAUUUCCCCACAAAAGCUUACUUGCAAAACAUUUUUAAUUUUUGAGAGCCAGAUUGAGGCGAGAUCAAGGGAAUGAAAAGAGUAGAGGGAAAAGGAAAGAACAGGAAAUAAUACAACCUGCUGGGGCUCUUCAGGAAGUAAGAACAUUAUAGAGAAAGGACAAACCAACUUUCUUUUCUGUAUCUCAGCAAUAAAUAUUGUAACAAUGCUGUAACAACAAAUAAUAUUGUAGUGUAACCAUAAAACAGGAAUGUAAAGUUUCUGGGGCAUCAUUAUUUGAAUGAAUUAACUCUGUCAUGCCAUAGUUUGAAAUUUGGGCUAGUGAGUCUGUAGCCACAGGGUCCCCAAACCUUUCCCCCUAUGACUGUUGUUGUUGUUUAGUCGUUUAGUCGUGUCCGACUCUUCGUGACCCCAUGGACCAGAGCACGGCAGGCACUCCUGUCUUUCACUGCCUCCCGCAGUUUGGUCAAACUCAUGUUGGUAGCUUCGAGAACACUAUCCAACCAUCUCGUCCUCUGUCGUCCCCUUCUCCAUCUUUCCCAACAUCAGGGUCUUUUCCAGGGAGUCUUCUCUUCUCAUGAGGUGGCCAAAGUAUUGGAGCCUCAGCUUCACGAUCUGUCCUUCAAGUGAGCACUCAGGGCUAAUUUCCUUAAGAAUGGAUGUGUUUGAUCUUCUUGCACUCCAUGGGACUCUCAAGAGUCUCCUCCAGCACCAUAAUUCAAAAGCAUCAAUUCUUCGGCGAUCAGCCUUCUUUAUGGUCCAGCUCUCACUUCCAUACAUCACUACUGGGAAAACCAUAGCUUUAACUAUACGGACCUUUGUUGGCAAGGUGAUGUCUCUGCUUUUUAAGAUGCUGUCUAGGUUUGCCAUCGCCUUUCUCCCAAGGAGCAGGCGUCUUUUAAUUUCGUGACUGCUGUCACCAUCUGCAGUAAUCAGGGAGCCCAAGAAAGUAAAAUCUCUCACUGCCUCCAUUUCUUCCCCUUCUAUUUGCCAGGAGGUGAUGGACCAGUGGCCAUGAUCUUCGUUUUUUUGAUGUUGAGCUUCAGAACAUAUUUUGCGCUCUCCUCUUUCACCCUCAAUAAAAGGUUCUUUAAUUCUUCCUCACUUUCUGCCAUCAAAGUUGUGUCAUCUGCAUAUCUGAGGUUGUUGAUAUUUCUUCCGGCGAUCUUAAUUCCGGCUUGGGAUUCAUCCAGCCCAGCCUUUCGCAUGAUGAAUUCUGCAUAUAAGUUGAAUAGGCAGGGAGACAAUAUACAGCCUUGCCGUACUCCUUUCCCACUUUCCCAAUUUUGAACCAAUCAGUUGUUCCAUAUCCAGUUCUAACUGUAGCUUCUUGUCCCACAUAGAGAUUUCUCAGGAGACAGAUGAGGUGACCAGGCACUCCCAUUUCUUUAAGAACUUGCCAUAGUUUGCUGUGGUCAACACAGUCAAAGGCUUUUGUAUAGUCAAUGAAGCAGAAGUAGAUGUCUUUCUGGAACUCUCUAGCUUUCUCCAUAAUCCAGCGCAUGUUCACAAUUUGGUCUCUGGUUCCUCUGCCCCUUCGAAAUCCAGCUUGCACUUCUGGGAGUUCUCGGUCCAUAACUAACCCGCCUGUUUUAAGCAAAGAGUGUAAUAUACUAGGUGAUUCUUAAUUGUAAUUUUAUUACAUCCACAAACUCCUUUAGUAUCAUUGGGUGCAGCUCAUUGGACACUGGAGAUUGGAAUUGCUUUAAAACAGCUAGGUGUUCUCUUACCAUGUCUUUUUGGGCUACAGCUCCCUCCUGACAUCCUUUAUUAUGUUAUCAGCAGGUUGGGCGUCGUUUUUCUUUUGGGUAAAGAUGUUGUCACUCAGCAACAUUUAUCUGACCUCUCCAAGCAGAGGUCCUACUACUGGCUUGUUCAUCCUCUUGUUUCGAACAUAACCAGAGAAACUACACACACACACUUUGCAUUGUUGCAUCAAUAUGUAUAUUAGGAAGCAUCAUAUAAAUUUCAAUUAUUAGGGGGUUGAUUUGAAAAAUUUUGGUUUUGAAUUGUACCUAUUUCUUUCUUUGUCUCUCACACAGGUGACUAUACAGAAGACAGAUUUCUAUGGGGAUGCACUACAAAUUGCACCUCAGGGAAUUACAGCUUUACUACACUAAAUGAUGCUUCUUUCUACCGUACAACCCACUGCUGUCAGGAUAGUUACUGCAAUAACCAAAGCAUGCCAGGUAAAUAUCUGCAGGCUUUUGAAUCUUCCCCAGAAGCGGCUUAGUCAUGCUGGCCACAUGACCCAGAAAAACUGUCUGUGGAAGCGGACAAAUGCCGGUUCCCUCGGCCUGUAAAGCGAGAUGAGCGCCACAACCCCAAAGUUGUUCGCGACUGGACCUAAUGGUCAAGGGUCCCUUUACCUUUACCCCUGAGAAAGAACAUCAUUCUGGUUUCAGGUUUCAUCCUUGGGUACCCAUAGAAUAAACUAAAGAUACUGAUCUAGGCCAAGAUUAUUUUUCCUAGUUUGCAUGGGAGGUGGUUAGAAUCAGCCUCACCACAUGUUUCUUGAAAACAGGCAGCCUGUGUCAACAACUGAUUAGCCCAGAGCUUCAGAUGGCCCCUAAGGAUGUGAAUAGAAAAACCUGGAUAAAUUGGGGGAUUAGAGAGAGAGAUAAGAACACAUGUCCUUCUUGUUCCCUGAUAGCCGUGCUGACCCUGAGCGUUACCCUGUUGGGCCAAUCUAAAGAGGAAGUGAGGGGAAGCAUCUGUUGGUACUAAUGGCCCAGGCAUGGCCAAACUUGGCCUUCCAGCUAUUUUGUGACUACAACUCCCAUCAUCCCUGACCACUGGUCCUGUUAGCUAGGGAUGAUGGGAGUUGUAGUCCCAAAACAGCUGGAGGGCCACUACCAAGAAGGCCCCUCUGCCUACUACCCCGCAACCUCACUUAUUGCAGUGAAGGAGCCACCAGAAAGCCCUUGGAACUGAACCUCAGUGUCCAGGCUGAAUGAUGGAGGUAGAGAUGCUUCUUCAGGUAUACUGGAUUGUGGCUGUUUAUAGCUUUAAAGGCCAGCACCAACACUUUGAAUUAUGCCCAGAAAGGUACUGGGAGCCAGUGUUAUGUGGUUCCGGCGGCUGCUCCCAGUCACCAAUCUGGCAGCCUCACAUAGAGUGUGCUGCCAUAGUCCAAGUGGGAGAUAACCAGAACAUGCACCCCGCUGGCAGGACAGUGCACAGGCAAGUAGGGUCUCAGCUUGUGUACCAGAAGGAACUGGUAAAUAGCUGCCCUGAACACGGAAUUAACUUGUUCCUCCAUGGACAGCUAUAAGUCCAGAAUAACUCCCAGGCUGUGCACCUGGUCCUUCAGGGGCAUAGUUACUCCAUUUAGGACCAGGAAGCCCCCCCCCACAUGCCCACCCUCUGUCCCCCAGAAACAGCACUUCUAUCUUGUUGACAUUCAGCCUCAAUCCAUUAGCUGUCAUCCAUACUUUUUUUUCCUGAGGGGAAGGAGUGAGUGGGGUUAGUGGUUGGUGACUGAUUGAGAUAGAGAUACUGGAGUGACUGGGUGCAUGAUGUGUUUUGUAUGUAUUAGCUGAACAGACUGGGAUGAGUCAUAUUAAAUAUUAUCAUUUGUGCAGAUGUAAGGCAGGAUUUGACUGUGGUGUGUAGUGUUUAGUCCAUGAAAGAAGGGAUCCCUGACUCUAAAGAUAUUUCAAAAUGUGUUGCUCUUUUUUUUAAAAAAAAGAUAUUAUUGCAAUGUAUUGUAGUUAUAUUGAAAACUGCAUUUUAUUUUAUUGUGGUUACUCAGUUUCAUUCAUAUAUAUAUAUAUAUAUAUAUAUAUAUAUGGAGUGAUACAGAUGGUGCUGUGGUCUAAACCACUGAGCCUCUUGGGCUUGCCAAUUGUAAGGUCAACAGUUCAAAUCCCUGUGAUGGGAUCAGCUCCCGUUGCUUUAUCCCAGCUCUUGCUAACCUAGCAGUUAGAAAGCACACCAGUGAAAGUAGAUAAAUAGGUACCGCUGGGAUGGAAAAGUAAACAGUGUUUUUGUGCAAAUUCGGCUGGACUUAGCUUCCCAGGGUUCUCUUAAAAACAGACACAUACACACACACACACACACAGAGAGAGAGAGAGAGAGAGAGAGAGAGAGAGAGAGAGAGAGAGAGAGAGAGAGAGAGAGAUUUUGUAAACCACUUAGGGACUGUUUUAUGUAUUGAGUGGUAUAUAAAUAUAAUAAAUACAACAUGAAAACAAAAUUUAUUUAUUUGAGAAAUUUAUAUACAGCCCCUCAUCAAUAGGUCACAGGUCAGUUUACAACACAGUAACAAAGUAAACAACAUACUACAGUGGUACCUCUGGUUACGAACUUAAUUCUUUCUGGAGGUCCAUUCUUAACCUGAAACUGUUCUUAACCUGAGGUACCACUUUAGCUAAUGGGGCCUCUCUCCGCCAAUGCACGAUUUCUGUUCUCAUCCUCAGGCAAAGUUCUUAAACCGAGGUACUACUUCUGGGUUAGCAGAGUCUGUAACCUGAAGUGUUUUAAACCCGAGGUGUUUGUAACCCGAGGUACCACUCUAUACCUACAUAACAUUAUAUUCAUAAUAUAAUGAAUAUAAUCAUAGUAUUAAGUCAUGUGUAACAAUACAUCAUGAAAUAUAGUACAUAAUAUAUAGCACAUAAAGAGCAUCCAUUUCAGCUUAUUCAAUUUGACAGUCCAGUAAUAAUCUCCACAACUCAUCCCAAUCAAAAAAAGAAAAAAUAUUAUCUAUUCAUCUCAGAUGCAACUAUUAAUAAUAACACUUGUUUAUCAACAAUAUGAAAGAGGGGGGAGAGAGGGGAAAAAUAUUCAUACUUGAAGUCCCAAAACAGUAAACAAAGAGCAUAUUAUUUGUUCCUUGUUUAUUUAAUCUGUAUAUUGCCCUCCAUCCCAGGAAGGUUCAAAAUAGAAAAAUAUAAAAUGAGAAAACAAUAUAUUUCUCUCUGUACAAAAGUAGCUCUUAAGCUGUCUCCCCAAAUGACAGACCAUCCUCAGUUCUCUUCUGGGAGCUUUCCUUUUCUCACCUAGCCUUGCAACCUGGGAAAUCUCAACUUCCCACUCCUUUGACCACUUAUUGAACACUUUCAGGGGAUGCUGCCCCUAACAGUGCCCAAAAGAGAAAAUGCCAAAGUGUGUUUGUGUGUGGUGGUGUUUGUGAUCAAAGUCGUGUCACCCCUUCAGGGUCAUCCUUUAAGGGCUGGCUGGACAGUCUGCCACCUGCUCAACUUAUCUCUCCCCUUCCUCAAACACACCAUCAAGGCAGGUGAGGUCCAGCAAUCUGGCUGCUGGCAAGAAUCUUGCCAAGAUGUUGAUGCCAAGAUGUUUCUUUGUCACCUCCUGCAGUAAGUCCACCUCUCCCCUCAAGAGUGAAAUUCACCCAUAGUGUGGAUAAAGUCUCUCCAGUCUAUCUCAGGACAGCAGCAACUAAAAUUGCUCCCUUUUCUUCAUAAGCUGGUUGCCAGACACUUCAACUGCAUUGUAUGGACGACUGAUUCCAGAAGCAGAAUGUGUUGGAAACAGUGCACGUGUCUCAUAGGAUUAGACAACUGAAGCCUAGGAAUUAAAAUAAAGACAUCUGGUCUGGAUUCAUGUGUUGACUCUAACGCUUGCUUUUGGCAGUGCUGGGUAUAUUCUACAAUGGUCUGGAGUGCCCAGGCUGCUCUGCUUCCAGCUUUGAAGAUUGUCAGGACUCAGAGACCGUCAGGUGUAGAGGUGAAGAGAAUCUGUGCAUAGAGUUUGUGAUGGCUAACUGUAAAUACUGUGGUUAACCACUGAGUCAGAGGUGGGAGGUGGACACAGUUUACUAGAGUGUGUGGGUGGGUUGCUCUCUCAUUCAGUCUGUGGCUUCCUGCCAGAAAAUACAUAGGAUGUGUAUGGGGAGGCGAGUUUUCUUUCCCCCCAAAAUAUUAGCAUUCCAGUAGCCUUUGCUUUGCAUAUAAUGUGAGUGGCUGACGCUGUGGUCUAAACCACUGAGCCUCUUGGGCUUGCUGAUUGGAAGGUCGGUAGUUUGAAUCUCUGUGACGGGGUGAGCUCCCUUUGUUCUGUCCCCGCUUCUGCCAACCUAGCAGUUUGAAAGCACGUCAGUGCAAGUAGAUAAAUAGGUACCACUGUGACAGAAAGGUAAAUGGUGUUUCCAUGUGCUCUGGCUUCCGUCAUAGUGUCUUGUUUUGAAAGAAGCAGCUUAGUCAUGCUGGCCACGUGACCCAGAAAACUGUGGACAAAUGCCGGCUCCCUCAGCCUGACAGUGAGGUUAGCGCCGCAACCCCAUAGUCGUCUUUGAGUGGACUUUGCCAUCCAGGGGUCCUCUGCCUUCUUUACCUAUAUGGAUGAGACUGUGUGCUUCUGUCUCUGGUGUGUAUGUGUGUAUGAGAAAGAAACAAAUAAUCUGUUUGUUGAAUUACAUAUAUAUAAAUAUAUAUAGAGAGAGCACAUUUUAAUGAACCUUAAAAAAACAGACAACCUUAAAGCAGCCAUGGAUUUUGAAUUCCAUAUCCAUAUGGGUUGGGGCCCUGCUACAUAAGAACAAAGUUCUUUUUCUGGAUUUAAACAUCAGUGUGAUAUUAGGAUGCAUAUUGUUCUAUAUGUACAAUACAGUUUAUAAUGAUUAAAAUGUUCACAUUCUCUGUCUUCUGCACCCUGUGACUCUGGUACUACCCAAUGAUUUCUAUGACUAUGCUUUUUUCUCUUUACUAGAUGGCAGUAAUCAUUCUGAUAAGGUGUUCAAAGGCUGUGCAACACGGGAUUUUUGCAAUCUGGCAAGGACAUCAACGGAUGAUGACUUUUUUCGCAAUAUCAACCAAUCACAAUGCUGUGAUCCUAAAGCACCACCAAAACACCACCAAAUAAAUCCAACCUUGAUGAGUAAUUAGAAGAUAGCAAAGUCUUCCCCUUUGACAUCCAUGAUUUGCAGCUGCAUUGGGGGAGGAAGUUGCUUGCCUGAUAUUGGGAGUGCAGAGAAAGUGGGGUUCACAGGACUGAGAGUCCCCUAUUUGGCAUUUAGUGUAGGGUGAAUGGGAUGCAGGGAUAGAUAAGCUAAAGUAGAAAAGUGGGGCUUGGGGACUCAUCCUCAUGAUAUCAUAGCGUAUGGUUAAAACUUCUCUUGAUCAUGAUCACAAUAAAUUGGUGUCGCAAAUAAAACUGUGUUCUGUGUCUGUAUUUGUCAAAUAAAGAAUAAGCUCCUUUUCUCAUGUUGAAGCCCUCUGGACCUCUCAUGGAGGGGGCACGUGAAGAAUUUGCCAAAUAAAGAGUCUUUGAUGGUGUUGGGGAUGGUGGGGAAGGGCAGUCUUUGCAGAGGGAAGAAAUGGGUAUUGUUACAAAAGUUGGGUGGCAAGAGCCCAGGGCAUUCCAGACACUCACACAAGGUUUGUGCUCCUUUGGAGAACUGAGACAUAUCAGAGAAUGUUGUGGCUUUAAGAAAUAUGGUUUAUUCGCCUAUUUAGACCUUCAGGUGAAGCAUGGGCCUUUUAAGAGGGGAUUGUACCCCACAGCAGUGUGGGCGGCCUUCUAGCAGCCUGCCCAUGGAGGAUUUCAAUUCUUCUUCCUCCUUCUUCCUCCAGUCACCCUUGUUCCAUGGAUAGUUACCCUGGCAACCUUCCAAAUCCCUAGUCUCAGGGCAGAGGGAAGGAGUUGCAUUGUUCAUGUCCCUCAAUUGCCAUCUAUUGUUCUUUGAUGGCCAUAGCUCAGCCACAGGAAUUUCUCUGCAGCUUGUAUUCUCCCUUCAUAUCUCAAAUAAGCAAAAUCUGCUGGUUUUUAAAUUAAGGAUUGUUUUUUAUUUCCUUUGUUUCUUUUUAUGACCUAAAAGAGACACACACUGUGGGCUUGGAUUUAAUUUGUUUUUAAACAGUUAAAAUAAGAUUGGGAAAAGCUAGGGAAAAACACAUCAAAAGCACAUGGUUUUUGGGAAUGGAAAAGGAGACAUAUAAAACAUUUGUUUGCGUUGCCAUACAAGAAAUAUGUAAAAUAACUAAGCAAGUAAUAGACAUCACCCCAGAAUUGGCCCUACUAAACAUCUUCCAAGACAACAAUGCCCAUUUACACCACAAAGAACUCAUAACCCACCUGCUCUCAGCAGCCAGAAACACCAUAACCAGACACUGGAGAGACCUGUCAGGAGUAAGCAUGGACCAAUGGUACCAAAUAGUAUGGGAAACAGCCCUACUAGAAAAAUUAACUAAUAAACUGAAACUGACACGGGACAAACAGAAGAAGACGCCUUCACCCCGGUAUGGCUCCCUUUAUCACAUACACAGCCCAACAGGACAAUGACAAUAAUCCACCAACAGCAUACAAAUCAAUAUGGCUAACCUGAUCCAAAACACCCACCCACCUCACUCACACACGAAAACAAAGAGCACCACAGCCAAUCACAAGCAAACAAUCACACCCUAGGCCAACCCCAACCUCUCUCACCACCAAAGGAACACAAGUGAACAACACAAGCAACGCUGACAUCAAACUCUACAUACAUUAAACAUAAUAGAAACACCGCCACCCGACCCCACCCCUAUCCAUCUUCCCUCUCUCCACCCCCCUUUCUUUUUUCUUUCUUUUUUCUUCUCCCCCUAAUGCCUCAACAAAUGAAACGGAUUUGUAAAAAUGUUACAUGAAAAGAAAACAAAAAACGAGGCACUACACUUCUGUAAAACAAGAAAAUCCUUAAUAAAAUAUAUUUUAAAAAAAAGAAGAAGAAGAAAGGGAAAAGUUGGGAUGAAAGGCUUUCUUAUUUUAUUUUCUCUUUUCUUAUAGCCUGAGAAAUUUUGUGAAUAAGCUGCAGUCAAUGGGAGGCAACAGGAAAUAAAUGAUCAAAACAACAAAUAAGUGGGGAAGCACAAUGUGAGAAAGGAGAGCAAGAGAAUAAGGAGGAAAUAUAGUGAUACAGUGUGGCUUGAAGAAUAAUUGCAGGGGUGUUUCUAUUUUGUGCUAUUAUGGUAAGGUAAGGUAAGGUAAGGUAAGGUAAGGUAAGGUAAGGUAAGGGGAAUAUGCAGGAGAAAUGAUUUUGAGGAGAUAUGGAAAGUUUUGGUAGAAUUCAUACUGUUGAAACGGAAAGAGGUCAAAGCAUCACAAGAGGUAUUUAAAUUUUGGGUUGGUUGGAUACUUACAGUGGAAUGGCCUCAGGGGUUGGGUGCAUGUUUUUCCCCUUAUUUAUUUAUUUAUUAGUCAGGUGAUCAGUUUUCUUCAUCAGGCAUAGGCAAACUUGGCCCUCCAGAUGUUUUGGGACCACAAAUCACACCAUCCAUAGCUAACAGGACCAGUGGUCAGGGAUAAUGGGAAUUGUAGUCCCAAAACCUCUGGAGAGUCGAGUUUGCCUGUGCCUGGUUUUCAUCAUUCUAGAAAGCUGAAGUGCCAGGAAGGAGUAAGAGAGGGAACUGAUGCAUGAACAGCCUUAAUUGGAGGAAAGUAUAGGAGCACUUUGCCAACACCCAGGAACAACAGGUUCAGCACAGUGUCACAAAUUGCUAGAAUUCUAAUAGCACUAUACCAUAAUUUAAAGCACAGUGUGGAAAACAAAUUAAAUCUCUUCCCCCUCCCAAGAACUCCAAAGACACGUCUCUUCUAAGCUGUGCCAACCUCAAUUUCACCACCCUGGAUGUGGGAAAAUGAGUGCCAUCAGGUUACAGUAGAAUUCAAAGCUCAGCGCUGAAAUAGGAUUAAAUUUCCAGAAGCCCAGGCAAUUUUGCCAGAUUUUCCUGAGAGUCAGCCGCAUGAAAUUUUGUGAAAGGGUAAAGGGUUUAUUUAUGGCACAUUAAUAAAAUGCACAGUGACUCGAUUUCUAGGUGUCCUCGGCCCCAUUAAAUCCAAUUGGGUUUGGCAUAAAGAACAUGGUCACUUACUCUUUAAAAUAAAUUGGUAACAGUUAAGGGCAGGGGUAGGGGAGGUCACUAAUCAGAAAAGCUUGUGAACUUAAGGGGCUGGAAUAUAUCCUUUGCUUUUGUUUCACUAGUGAUGGUUCUGAAAGCCAAAGGCAGUGUGAAAGAAGUGGACUUUGGUGUUUGGACAAUGAGAGAGAGGGAGAGUGGCAGCAUCACAGAUGUCCAGGAGGAGUUUUCUUUGUGUAAUUUUAGUAUUAUAUAUUUUUACUAAUUUUGAGGUACUGAACAAAAAAACAACAAUAAAUUUGCCAAUUGGCUCCUGUUUCAGAGAUACAAAGAUGGUCACGUAUAAAUGACCCAGUACGCAUUGUGUACAUAAUUUCAUUGCCAACAGUGUACCUCACUGUAUUUCAAUCUCCAGAUUGCCACAUAUGGUAUCAUAUUGCAUCAGCUGAAGUGCAAGUGAAAAUGGCUGCUGUGCUGGAAGAGAAGAUGCAGCAACUUCAGGGCUGCCUUGCCACACUUUCAGCAACAUUUCAUUUCAUUUAUUCUAUUUCUAUGCUGCUUUUCACUCACGUGAGUCACAAUGCAGCUUACAAACAAACAAUAAAUAACAGCAACCUAACAGAACCUCACAAUUAGAGCAUUAAUCAGUUGGUAUAAUUGACAAUGAUCAGUAAAACGACUACAAAACAUAACAAAAGUAACGACCUUCUCUAAAACAUUGUUAACAAAAUAACUAAAAAAAUGAAGCAGCACAACCAGAACAAAGGUCAUUUUAUAAGAUUCACAAAGCACUACAGCACUCACAAUCCACAAAACAAUAUUAAAAACAUCAGCAAACUAAACCCUGCUGAAUUCAAAUAAACAAACACACACGCCCCACCUUCAUGACCCACAGUCUUCCAAUAAGUUCAUCGAAAGAUGCAACCAUUUUGGGCCAGUGGAGCUAGGUCAGCAGUUGCCAACCUCAUGAUACACUGAGGUGGCUGCAGAAGAUACACAGCACAGAAUGAUUCAUCUAACCAUCAGUGGAUGAAGAGAAAGGAGGAUAUGGAUUUGGAAGAUUUGUUUUCCAUUCUUGAUGAUCCAAGACAAUUGAUAGCGGAGACGUGUGCUGAUAACCCACUUGCUACCUUCCAAGGAAAUGAUUUCAGGGAAAGGAAUUGCAGUGUGGAAAAGGCAAUUUGAGAGUAGGAAGGAGUAGGAAGUACUUAAGGCAUAAGGUUCCUGCCUUCCAGAGGCAGUGGUGUUGAUCCAUUGGUUCAGUUCCUACCCUUUGGAGAAAACAAGCUUGCUCCAUCUUCCACGUGACAGCCAUUUAGAUAUUUGAAAAUGGCUAUCAUGUCUGCUCUCAGUCACCUCUUUUCCAGGCUAAACAUACCAAACUCCCUCAAGGGUUUCCAGACCCUUGAUCAUCUUGGUCAGGUUAACAGUAGGACUGUAUGAAAUCCAAGUCAUGAGAUGAGUCAUGCAUUUUGCAGUAGACUGACUUCUCAUCAUGACAUUUUAAAGGCAUUGAAACAUAACAUUUUAUGUACAUUACAUUUAAAACUUUAGAACCAAUGUCCCCACUCAGAGGUUUACGUAUAUGUUAAGGAGCAUAGGGGAUAAAAUUGAAUCCUGAGGAUAUCCUGAGUUUGGCAUAGGCCUGGUACAGUACAUCUUAAAAUCUGGACAUCUGAUUUAUAUUAUUAUUUACUGAAUUUUAAAACAAAGUGGAAAUAGAUCAAAACAUUUUAAAAACAAUCAUGAUUCCAUCCCAUGGUUUUGAGUUUGCCAGGAACGAUUUUCAGCUCAGGACUGAAGAGAGAAAGAGAGAGAGAAUGGAGAGGCUAGGGGUGGAUAACCUGUGUCCUGGGGGCCAAAUGCAGCCCCUGGAUGCCUCUCCACAGCACUCAGGAGAGGGGGUUGCAGGUGGUACAUCACACCCCUGCCUAAGGCCAAAAAGGGGACCUUGGAGCCAAACGAGAGGAGUCAGAAUAUUGGGAUAUCAGAAAAAGUUACCCUCUAUUGUGUGAAGAGUAGCAUUCACAUUUUGUGUAAGCCUAUACAGGCCCUCCCCCCACUCAAACUCUCUCCCCAGUUCAGACCAAAAUAUCUAGAGCUGAAGCUCUGGGAUGCCUGGAGGUUGGAGAACGUGUGCAAAAGCCGCAGAAGCAGCAGCAGCUGCAAUACCAUGUGUGUCACCUGCUAGGAAGGGAGGUGGAGCAGCCUAAUUAAAGCCCCAUUGCACCUCCGCUCUCCUUGGGGCUUCAUCCACCCUCAUUGAAGUCCACUUCAGGUUCUGGGGAGGGUCUCCUCCCAAGCCACGGGGACUCUCCUGCUUUCUCCCAUCAUUUCCUGGUAUUCUGUUUUUUUAUUUACUUAUUUUCCAGUGCUGCAAGCAUACACAGUCACGCUUGUCAAUCAUGCAAAAGUGGGGGAACGCUUGUAUAAAAUGCCACAACAAUUCUUCCCCUACUCCCUUCUCCUUUUGCCAACGUGCGUCCGCCUACUACUAGCCUACCACUGCCGCCACAACUUCAUCUUCUACACAAUUAUUAGUAUAUAAUAUUUUUUGUCUUGUUUUCCUCUCUCCCUUUCUGCAGAUAUAAAAAACCCCACUAAUUUAUAAAUCACCCCUCCAAAUUCUAUCACAGAUCAGGAGACAAGAAAAGACAAGAAAGGGAAAAUGAAAAAGGGGUCAACAAAGGCUCUUUCAGUUUGGAUUUUGUUUUAUUUUUUACUUACCUGUAGGACUGCAGCAAGAUAAUCCUGUGGAAAACCUCAUUCCCAAACAAGGAGCUGUUGAUUUGGGUAAUCAUACACAGUAUUUUGAUGAAGGGGCAGAUGCAGAACAUGAGAAUGGAAAACAGAAAGAAACAGACUGAUGGGGAAGCAAAUUUGGAAGGAGAGAGGAGUAAUCAUAAUGUAGGCCUUGAAACUUGACAGUGGUUAACCUUGGCACCUCAAAUUUCAGUGGCACCCUGUGCACCAAAAUCUGCCCUCCCAUAUCUCACCUUUUGUUGCGUGUCAUAGUUGCAGCAUCUGCUGCAGCCACCCCAGAAUCUCCACACCUGAUGCAACCGCACCAGUCGUGCUCUUUGCACUGAAUGUAUCACAACCAAGUAUCCAUCUCAAAAGCAAAUAGAAAAGUAUAUUAUGAACAGUCUCAUCUCUCUGCCUAAAACAUUCCCAGAACUAGAAUGAUGCCUGCUGUCUUGGACAGGAGUUGACAUCAUUAUAGAAGUGUCAAUUUUGAAGUGCUUCUGCUUAAAACAUUUUAACUUUUGUUCCAUCUCCUGGUUUAAUAACAAUGAUAGUCUAAUAGUUUGUAACAUUUUAUUAUCAUUGGGCUUGUCAAUCAAAGACUUUUUACAGUUUCUAUUUCUUUUAAUAUGUCUUUUGAUCUUUCACCUUUUUUGGUAAGCACUUUGCUAUAUGAAGGAGCCUCUAAUAAUCAUAUUCCUAGCAUCCCAUACUGUAUUUAAAUCUGUACAAUUCUCUAUACAGUGGUACCUCUAGUUACAGACUCAAUCCGUUCUGGGGUGCCGUUCACACCCCAAAAAGUCCGUAACUAGAGUGCCGCUUCUGUGCGCACGCACGGUGCGAUAGAGGGUUAUGUGCAUGUGCAAAGCGCGCAGAACGCUUCUACGCAUGCACACGCGGUGAAACCUGGAAUCAUACACUUCUGGGUUUGCCACUUUCGCAACCUGAAAAGACACAACAUGAACCUAACACAACACAAGAUAUGACUGUAUUUAACUCAAAGAAGUCAGUUAAACAUUAAAAUCCCUUUUGCAUUAUCCCAGUCUUUCUAACAAGCUGUCAUUCAGCUUCCAUCUAAAAGUGGUAUUUUGCUGGCCUUUAAUAAUACUAAAUAUCAAAUUUUGAUCUGAUAAAGUUCUCAGUUGUAUUUCAGUGUUCUUAAAACCAGAUACUAUGGACUUUGAUACCCAUAACCUGUCUAGUCUUCCAAGGCUCUUUCCUGGAGGAAGCUGGACCAAGAGGAGUCAGGUGGUCAGGAGUGUCUUAAUCAUUCUAGAAAGCUGAAGAGUCAGGAAGAGCAGUGGGCCAAACAGGGAAGCAUGAAGAGGCUUAGUUGGAGGAAAGUAUAGGCCACGACAAGGAGCACUUUGCCAGCACCCAGGAACAACAGGUUCAGCACAGUGUCACAAAUUGCUAGAAUUCUAAUUGCACUAUAUCAUAAUUUAAAGCACAGCGUUGAAAACAAAUUAAAUCUCUUCCCCCUCCCAAGAACUCCAAGGACACGUCCCCCCUAAUGUGUGCCAGCCUCAAUUUCACCACCCUGGGGAAAUGAGUCCCAACAGACUAUGCUAGAUUUCAAAGCUCAGCACUGAAAUUGGAUUAGAUUUCUGGAACCUCAUGCUUUUUUGCCAGAUUUCCUUGAGGGUCAGUGGCAUGGAAUUUAUUGUGAGGGGGAGACAGGUGUCUUUCCACAGUGGAGGUGUAGAGAAUUAGAGGGCACAAUGUACCACAUGUGGUGGGGUUGCAAAGAAAUAAAGAACUUUUGGGAACUUAUAUACAAUGAAUUUUUUAAAAAAACUGUUCAAAAUAACAUUUAAUAAAAAAACCUGAAUCCUUCCUCUUAGGCAUAAUGGCAUCAGACAUCCCAAGGAAGAAAAGAAGGAUCUUUUUCUAUGCAAUAAUGGCAGCGAGGACGCUGAUUGCCAAGGGAUGGAAAGGAGUGGCAAGUAAAAAUGCUUGAAUACAUGGAACUAGCAUAUAUGACAGAAAAUCGGUCAACCCCAAAGUUCAAAACAGAAUGGGAGAUCUAUAGACAAUAUUUUAAAGAACUUUAGAAUGCUUCGAAUAACUCUCAGAAUUGAAUAAGGUAUAAAGAAGUCGCACAAGAUUUAAUAAAGACAAGGUUCAUUGAAAAAUAAAGGCAAGUAAUUAAGAAAACAAAGAACCCAUAUCAAGGAAGUUGGAAGUUGAUGGUCAAAACAUUUUUGUGAAUUUGUGAUGUCUUGUUCUACUGCUUUUUGUUCUAGUUACAGGUAGGUAGCCGUGUUGGUCUGCUGUAGUCGAAACAAAAUAAAAAAUUCCUUCCAUUAGCACCUUACAGACCAGUUAAGUUUGUUAUUGGUAUGAGCUUCUGUGUGCAUGGUAUCUGAAGAAGUGUGCCUGCACACGAAAGUUCAUACCAAUAACAACUUAGCAUCGUGCUUCUUUUGUUUCGUCUUUUCUUUUUCUAUUUUUCUCUUCAAGCUUUCAUUGUGUGUGAAUGUUUUGAUUUUAAACCAAUAAAGAUUAAUAGAAAGAAAGAAAGAAAGAAAGAAAGAAAGAAAGAAAGAAAGAAAGAAACUUAUUGCUAGGGGAGACAGGUGUCUGUCCACAGUUUCUUUUGUGGAAUGCAGUGACUCAAGUUCUAGAUUUCCUCACUUCCAUUAAAUGCACUUGUGUUUGGGUUAGAAAACUUGUCUACUUCCUCUUUAAAAUAACUUGGUAACUGUUAAGUGCAGGGGUGGGGGAGGUUCUGUUCAAAGAAACUUGAGGAUUUAAGGGACUAGCUUAUUAAGGGGCUGGAUAUACAUAAGCACAGCUCCACGUCCUUUGCUUUUGUUUCACUUGUGAUGAUGAUGAAAGCCAAAGACAGUCUGAAAGAAGUGCACUUUGGCAUUUGAGCAAUGAGAGAGGGAGAGUGGCAGCAUCACAGAUGUCCAGGGAGUUUUCUUGCUGUAAUGUUGCUCUGGCUUCCAUCACGGUCUUUGGACAAAUGCUGGAUCCCUCAGCCUGAAGCGAGAUGAGUGUCACAACCCCGUAGUCACCUUUGACUGGACUUAACCGUCCAGGGGUCCUUUACCUUUACCUAGAAUUAUAUAUUUCUGUAAUAUAUAAUGUGGAUGUAUAAUUUUCUCUUUAAGCUUAGAUAAUUCCUUUAUUUCUUCUAAAAAUGAGAAUCUAACAAUGGGACACCCAGAUGCUGGGAAUCACAAUGGAGGGGGUGGGGAAAGUGACAAUGUGCUCAUGUCCUCCUCCUCCUCCAUUAUCAUCAUAUUAUUCAAUAUCUUCUUCUUCCCUGGCUCCCUCGGCCUGAAGCGAGAUGAGCACCACAACAUAAUAGUCAUCUUUGACUGGACUUAACCGUCCAGGGGUCCUUUACCUUUACCUUUUUAUUUAGACAUGUUAGUUGCUUGUUACCUGAAUGUCUCCAAGUGACUUGCAUUUUAAAAACAUUAAUAUAAAAACAUUACCCCAUGGAAAACAAAACAACUCCCAUAACAGCACUAGAAGCAAACAUAUAAUCUCUCACAAAAGGCCUGGGCAAAAGGUAUGUCUUUCCUUGUGCAGAAUAUAUAUAUAUAUAUAUGUGAAGGCCCCAGGCAGCCGUCGCUGGGGACAGCCUUUCACAAGCAGGGCACCACAGUUGUCCUUGCCAUAGACAUCUGUUUUGCCAUUGUGAAAACAGGAUUUAGGACUAGAUAAACCUUUUGCCUGGUCUAACAGGGCUCUUCAUAUUAUUUUAUGAUCCAAAAAAACCCCAGUGGAUCACACCAAAGUCCUAUUUAGUCCCACAUCCUGUUUCCUACAAUGGAAAAGCAGAUGCCCCUGGGAAGUUCACAGGUAGUACAAUAGCCGUCUCUGGCUGCUGAGGCACUGGCUUGCCCCUACUAUUGAGGGGGCUGACAAAGUGGGACGUGUUAACCUUAUACAUGAUUUUCUGCUCAGUAUUAAUGGGGCCCACCCCCCUCUUUAAGAAUAUUUUUUUGGGGGGGAGUACCUCACCCUCCCCAGUUGGGGCACCUGUCUAGCUUCUUCUUCUUAGAAACUAGUACCCAGAGUCAGAGGCAUGCUGUCCUUGUAGUCAUUGUGAAGAGUUACUGUCUAUGGAACUAAUAAAUAAUAAUAAUAAUAAUAAUAAUAAUAAUAAUAAUAAUAAUAAUAGCUUAUCACUCGAGUGAUGAGGUUGCAUGGCUGUCAAGUUAUGCCCACUUACUAUGAAUUUAAUUCUCCCCAGAAGCCAAGAGAGAGAGCAAGAACUCAGAGAAUGUCUCAGAUAAAUAGAGUGGGGGAUGAGGCUCAUUCUGAAGGAUGAGGUUGGUGUGGGUGUGGGUGUUGAGGCCCAAGUUGACAUGGCCUUAGGUAAGUGUUGUCAAAAUAGAUCAGAUGACAGAGCAAAGGUACAAUCCAUUCUACUCUUGCUAGUACUGUGAUGCAACAGGGGGACAUGUGAAUAAAGUUCCAGCAAGGGAUUUCAACUGCGUGCUUUAAAGGCCUUAGAAUCCUAGGAAAACAGGCAGUCCAUACUCAUUGUGACAUUGUCUCUGGCACAGGUGCCCACUGCUGUAAUGAUAUUAUUAUAUUGUUGAACACCACCCCAAUCUCUGAGCAGUGUGAGAGUUUAGGGGUUCCAGGUGUUUAAGCAGGGUGUGUGUUACCUUUGGGAAUGAGGAAAAGCAGACAAACCACUUUAUGAUGGAUGGUUUAUCAUUACAACCUGAGCCUAACCACAGCAUUAAUUCUUUGAAAGGGUCUUGUUUUGCCUGUAUCAACAGCCUUGGAUUAAAACAGCCCCCCCCCUCCCAUAUCACAGAUCUUUGUGGGCACUCCCAAUAUUUUUUUCAAGCUCACGUCCCUGUUCUAUAGUCAGCUUCAUUAGAUGUCAUUGAGUUCUAGUCAGAGGCUUAGGAAGGUUAGGUGGUACCCGGUGGUACGGAUUUUUUUUGUGUCACACACCCACAUUUAUUUAUUUAUUUAUUUUGCCUAUUUCAUAUUUUCUUACAAAUGUGGAUUCUGGGCCUCUGAUAACAAGUAGGCGACUGUGGACAGAUACUUAAAUCUAUAGGAUGGAUUGUGUUUUGGCUUGUGUUAUUUUAUUUAUAUUUAUUGUGUAUUUAUUUAAUAAAAUUUAUUUUAAAAAACCUGCAAAGUGGUUUACCAAAACAAAAAACAAAAAAACACCACAGCAGUAAAAUCAAGAAAAAUUAACAAUCCUACUUUAAAACACAUAAAAGCUAAAAUGUUAAAAUUAAAAUUACUUCAACUUCCUAAGCAUCUAGGUAUGCUUGCCUAAAGAAGAAUAGGUGGGGAGUUCCAAAGGGCAGAUGCUGUCACAGUAAACAAUGCAGCACACAUAUUAUGUAGAACCUGUACUAGCGCUUGAAACUCCUGAAGGGGAGGUUCUACUCAUUGUGAUUUCACCAUGCUCUGUGUUAUCUGAAAAGGAAAACAUUUAUUUAAAAGCAGGACUGCACAGCAGCAAUCUAGUCUCAUCAUGAUCAGUGGGACUUUUCCUGAGCCGACGGUGCAUAAGAUGGGCUGCAAUCCUAUGCAGCCCUUGCAUCCAACUUGUACCUAAAAGUCUGCACAAGCCUGCAGAAUUGUAGAGUUGGAAGGGACCCCUGAGGGUCAUCUGGCCCAACCCCUGGGGCAAUGCAGGAAUCUCAACUAGACCAUCCCUGACCGAUGGCCAUCCGUCUUCUGUUUUCCCCCUCAGCCAGGACUCACAACAACGGAGACUGGAGGUGGAGGAAAAGAUAAAUUUUGACAAUGGAGCAGAUUUCUCAGGCGUGCACAGGAACAGCUUGAAGACUUUACAUAGAGAGGAACCCCACACGGGUUUCCCCGCAUCUAACGUAACAGGCAGGGAGCCAGCUCAGAUAGAGAGAAUGACAUUGGGGGAGGGGAGGAGAAAAGAGUACCAAAGUCAGCCCAUUUUAUCCUCUUUGGGAUGGUGGCGCUAGGGCUCUGGGAUAGCCUCUGCUGCCCCAAAAUAUUUACUUGUCUUCAAUGUAUUGUUACCACUGUUAUUCUAUAGUACAGAUCCUUUUUAAAUUAAACACUUUCUCUAAAAUUAAAAUGGCAGAAGUAAUCAGUAACAUAGAUAUCAAUGGAAAGGCAAGAAAUUAGUCCCUAAUAGAUACAAAGGAGGCACAGAUACACAAGCACACAGAAGUAAAUAAUCCAGUCUUGGGGAGAGGGGUGGGAAUGUACAGCUUGCUGAACUUAGCCUCGAGAUGGGAGACUGAAACGGCUUAAAAAAUAAAAAAUAAAAGUCUUGUGUCUAGGAAUAUUUGUCUGCAAAAGAAUCAGACUGGUUGUAAAAAGUGUGAACUUCAUUAAUAGACCCUAUUUAAAGGAAUUGGUCUGUUAGCCACAGAAUUGCUUUGCUGAUUUUUCUCAUCUUCUUUUAAUUACACAACUGCUUUUGGGGGGUCCUAGCUUCGUGCAGGGGAGACUGGGGUGUGCGAGUGAGGGGGUUCCUACCUUCAUGCAGGAGAGGCUGGGGGCAAAGGGGAGGCCGGCCCGCCAAGCGCCUAGGGCAGUGCUGAGCUGCUUCUCCCAGCGCCACAUGUGGGGAAAACGGGGUGGCAGCGCUGCCAUUGUCUCACGCGCUCCACUUUUGGAGGCAGCAGAGGCUUUUCGAAGGGGGAUUGGGGCCUGAAGGGGGUGUGCAGGACAGGCAGCGGCCUUGGCAGGCUUCCCCAGCAGCCUGGAAAGUCAGGCUAUGUGAAGAAAAUGAGAGUAGGCCGAAUACAGUGGUGCCCCGCAAGACGAAUGCCUCGCAAGACGAAAGGGUUUUGCGUUUUUUGAGCUGCUUCGCAAGAUGAAUUUCCCUAUGGGCUUGCUUCGCAAGACGAAAACGUCUUGCAAGUUUGUUUCCUUUUUCUUAAAACUGUUAAUACCCAGGGUGCAUUGCUUGAAGAGGUGCAGUUGCGACUUGACUUCGAGGAGCAACUGUGGUAGCCUUUUUUGAGGUUUUUGAAGACUUUGGUGAUUUUUGAAGCUUUUCCAAAACUUCAUUUGGUAAGUUAAACUUUUAAAACUUGUUUGGGGGUUUUUGGAUUUUGGGUUGGGGUGUUUGGAAUUCAAGGACUUGGUUCUGGGUUUGAGUUUCUGUGUGGUGGGUGGCUGGGUGCUUUUGAAUUUUUUGGAUGUGAAGCACUGAUUUUUUUGGGGGGGGUGCGAAGGUAGGAGCUGUGCUGCCAUGGGACCCAAGAAGACAGCUGCUGCAGAGGCCGGCGAGGGGAAGGAGGCGAAGAUUACACUGGAAAUGAAGAAGGAGAUCAUCCGGAAGCACGACGGUGGAAUGCGUGUGACAGACCUCGCCAGGGAGUACGGGAAGAAUCCAUCGACCAUCGGGACCAUCCUGAAGAUGAGGGAGAAGAUCCUUGCGACUGAUGCAGCCAAGGGAGUCACCAGGAUCGUGAAGAACAGCCCAGCUGUUCUGGAGGAGGUGGAGAAGUUGCUGCUCAUCUGGUUAGAAGAGAAGCAGCGUGCAGGGGACACAGUGACUGAGGCCGUCAUUUGUGAAAAGGCCAAGGCCUUGCACGCAGGCCUCGUCCGGGAACAGCCAGGAACCUCAGGCGAGCCAGAAGUCUUCAAGGCAAGCAGAGGCUGGUUUGACCGGUUCAAAACAAGAUCUGGAAUCCACAGCGUGGUCAGGCAUGGAGAGGCUGCGAGUUCUGAUGUUUCUGCGGCUGAAGACUUUGCAGCGGAGUUCCUGGAGGUUGUGAAGACGGAGGGCUACGUUCCACAGCAGGUCUUCAACUGCGACGAGACCGGGCUGUUUUGGAAGAGGAUGCCCAAAAGGACUUUCAUCACACAGGAGGAGGCCAAGUUGCCUGGCCACAAGCCCAUGAAGGACCGUCUGACCCUGCUCUUCUGUGCCAACGCAAGCGGCGACCUGAAGAUCAAGCCCCUGCUGGUGUACCACUUGGAGAACCCACGGGCCUUCAAGAAACACAAGGUCGACAAGGAGCAGCUGAGUGUCAUGUGGCGAUCCAACAGUAAGGCUUGGGUCACAUGUGUGCUGUUUAUGGACUGGGUCAAUCUUGCUUUUCGCCCUGCUGUCAAACAGUACCUGCUGGACAACGACCUGCCGCUGAAGGCUUUGCUUCUGAUGGACAAUGCUCCUGCUCAUCCUAAAGGCCUUGAGGAGGACUUGUUGGAGGAGUUCAGCUUCACCAGCAUCAUGUUCCUGCCGCCUAACACCACGCCACUGCUCCAGCCGAUGGAUCAGCAGGUCAUCGCCAAUUUCAAAAACUCUACACCAAGGAGCUUUUCAGGCGAUGCUUCGAGGUGACUGAUUGCACCACCAUCACCCUGUGGGAAUUCUGGAAGGACCACUUCGACAUCGUCACCUGCUUGAAGAUGAUCACCACGGCCUGGAGCAGGAUCAGCCAGAGAAAUUUGAAUUGCGCUUGGCGCAGCCUGUGGCCGGACUGUGUGGCACCAAGUGACUCUGAUGCACCAGAGUCAACAGUGGUGCAGGACAUUGUUGCCUUGGGGAGGACCAUGGGCCUGGAGGUCACAGAGGAAGACAUCAGCGAGCUGGUGGAGGAGCACGACCACGAGCUGACCACCCAGGAGCUGGUCGAACUGCAGGCAGAGGCUGCACAGGAGCAGGCCUCGCUGGAAGAGGAGGAAGCACCUGAGGAACGGCUGUCCUCCAAAGAACUGAGGGACAUUUGCCUGAAGUGGAAGGAUGUGCAGGCUUUUGCACAGCGGCACCACCCUGACAAGCACGUGGCACAUGACCUUGUGAACACUUUUGAUACGAGGGUCAUGUUGCCUUUCAGGGAGGUGCUGAAAAGGCAGAUGAAGCAGCAGACCAUGGACAGGUUCUUCAGCAAGAAGCAAAGAGUGGAAGAGGAACCUUCUUCGAGUUGUCCCCCAGAGUCUUAGAAAAUGUACUGUACACUUUGUUGAUUUUUAAAUGUUUUUCUGUCAUGUUUAGAAACUUAAUUUAUUGUUUCUUCAAUUUUUGAAAUGCUCUUUACAGUAUGUGUGACUUUAAAGAGCACUUAAUAAACUCUUGUUGUACCAAAUUUGGCUUUGUUUGGACUUUUUUGACCAUAGGAACGCAUUAAUUGAAUUUCAAUGCAUUCCUAUGGGAUUUCGUGCUUCGCAAGACGAAAAAUUCGCUAGACGAAAAAACUUGCGGAACGAAUUAAUUUCGUCUUGCGAGGCACCACUGUAGAUUUGGCCUUGCCUUGCCUUCGCCGUGCCCCCAACCCAGCUGGCCAAUCGGCUGCAGGCAGGGGGCGGGACAAAGGCAAGACAAGGCCUAAUCUACUCAGCCUAGUCCUAUUUUCUUCACAUAGGCUGACUUUCCAGGAGCUGGGAAGCCCAGUGGAGGGUAGGGCAGUAGGGAGGUUCAUAAAAAACUUUUUUAAAAAAUAAAAUGCCUGCCCCAAAGGUCUUAUCUUACUACAGUAGGGAUUAUAUAGCUAUAUCUGAAAUUUCAUGCAUCUCAGUUAAUAUCUUGACCCUGCUCCAAUGAAUUGAAAUUUCAGCCUUCACAAUAUAGGAAAAUGGCCAAGUAAAGAGCUAUUUUCGUGGAUGAGGGUCAAGAUAUUAACUGAUAUGCAUGAAGUUUCAGAAAUAGCUAUAUAAUCCCUAGUGUAGUAAGGUAAGACCUUUGGAGCAGGCAUUUACAAAAAAAAAAAGAAGUUUUUAAUGAACCGCCCUAGUAGGGCAGUAAUUGUUCCUUGAUAAUUUGUCACCCCUCUCCUUGAUAGAGCAUGGGGUGACAUGCCACCCCACCCCCGCUCCUACGCCCCUGGUUCUAGUAUUAUGAGAAAGGGAAAGAAACUUUCAUGACUGCAUUGGUGUGAAUCCUUAUUCUUAUUUGUCGAUAUCUCAGCUACCUUUGAAUAAAUCUUCCAAUAUCAUGAUGCCAUUAUAGAAAUAUUAGGAAUAUUGUGUACAGUCUUCUCACUUUAAAGGAUAUUGCGUAGUUGUAAAAGCUUUAAAAAAGGAGAAGCCAAAGAUCAAGAGCAAGUCCCUAAUGAGGAAAGGUUACAAAAUUUGGGACUUUUCACUUCAAAAAAAAGCAAGUAAGAAGCAUGAAGAGGUGUACAAAAUUAUGGAUGGUGUGGAAUAAAUGGAUGGAGAAAAGUUAUUCUUCCUCUCUCAUAACACUAGAAUUUUCAGGGCGUCAAUGAAACUGUAUAUUGGAAGAUUCUGGACAGAUGGAAGAAAGCACUGAUUCAAAUAACAUGUAGUUAAACUCUGGAAUUUGCUCUUAUGGGAAGUAAAGAUCACCACCAACUUGGAUUUGUUUGCUUGAGGAUUAUCGAAAAAAUCAUGGAGGAUAAGGUUAUUAGUUGCUACUGACCCAGAUGGUCAUGCUGUAUCACAACUGUUGGAGGCAGUAGUCCUCUGAAUGCAGGGGUGUAGCAUGGGUUACUGGUGCCCAGAACAUGACAGUUGUUGCACCCCCCCCCGGUGGACUGGGCAGGAGUCAGUCACUUUGCUGGUCUGCAUCUAAUCAAGGGAGUCACCAGGGAGCAGAGAUAAGGCAGAGAAACGUGAAGCCCUGAGUGCCGCUGUGCUCCCUUGCCCUCCUGUCCUUGCAGUUAGGCACUCUGGGCAAUGCACGUGGUUCUAGCAGUGCUGUCCAAUCUUCCUCUUCCUCCCACUCCCUCCGUCUCAAGCCCAGAGGUGGGGCACGUGCAGGCAUCCCUUCACUGGUCACAAGGAGAAGGAGGUGACACCACUGCCCCAGCCCUGAAGGUCCAGCCCAGAUGUGGCUUGCCUCCCUGCACCUGUGACCUCAAUAGCCUGCUGUGGGGAUGCCUUUGUUGCACUCCCUCAGAAAUUUGCACUCCGGGCCACAGCUGCCUGGUCCCCAAUGCUAUGCUACUGUCUGAAUGUCUGUUGCUGGGAAUCACAGGUGGGGAGAGUGGUGUUGCUGUCAAGUCCUGCUUUCAGGCUUUGCACAGGCCUCUGGUUGGCCAUUGCGACAACGGGGUUCUGGAACAGCUGACCUGGUUCAGCAGGUUGAUGUAAGCUCUGGCCAACUGAAGCUCGUGGGGAAUCUAACACCAGCCAAAUUUUAAUUGCCUCAGAGUCUUACUCAUCCAGUGUACCUGCUGAAGAAGAGUGGAUUCAUAAUGUACUUGCUGAAAAAAUGUGUUUUCAUAAUUUUGUCUAAAAUAACCAACUGCUCAUUAGGCUGAGUAAGCGAAGCUAAAAGAGAUACAAAAAAUUUGAGAUACUAUGGUGCCCUUUUGUAAUCUGUACCAGGGGUGAACAACCUGUGUCCUUGGGGUCAAAUGCAGCCCCUGCAUUCCCACAUAAGUCAGAGGGAGAAGACUGGGAAGAGGAGGUAGCUUCAUAGUCAGCUGGGAGAUUCUAUGGCAGAAAGAAGUCUAGAAUCAGAAGCUGAAGCUGACAAGUGGGAGGAGGGAGGUCAAAGGGCAAGAUGAGCCUGGCUGUUGAAAGUCAUGGAUGUCUCCCCCUCCUGUUGUGACAAGUUCCUCUUCCCCCUCCCCACAAGAACCAGAAGAGGGAUCAAAAGGAUGGAAGUCUCUGAUUGCUUGGGGGAAAAAACCCUGGAAAGUAGGAGACAAAGACAGGUGUGGGGAGUCAGGGAUCUUCACUCCCAGCAACUGAUUUCAUGGAGUAUGACCCAAAGGGAAUGAGUUGCUGUGCUCACUGGUCUGACACACAGUGAAGUCUGUGAAGAUCAUGUUUUUGCUAAUAAAAAGUUAGUUCCAAUUUGAACUGUGUGGUUUUCUGAGUAUGUGAGAAAUACAGACAAAUGACAUAUUGCAGACAUGUCCAACACAUCGAUCGCGAUAAUAACUUAUUAUUGUUUGACAGAACUCUGGGGACCCACUGUGGGAGUCAGGAAUCAGGAAUUGGAUCUGACCAAAAGCCCAUUUAGUCCAGCAUUGUGUUGUCAGAGCUCCUAAUCAAAUGUCUGUUGGAAAGUACAGAAAACGAGGCAUGAGCAGAGUAGUCAUAAUGUAGGAAAUGAAGCCAUCAUGACCAGAAGUCAUUGACAGUAGGGAUGUCCACAGACCAUGCUGUAGCCAUGCACUUUGCACACUACACUACACUACACUACACUACACUACACUACACUACACUUAUUUAUUUAUUUUGCACAUCCUUAUUUGAUUAAAAUCAAUGCAGUUUUGAAAGGUUCACUCCACCAUCUUCAUUCAUAGAAUCAUAGAGUUGGUAGGGACCCGACGUCCAUCUAAUUCAACCCCUCUGCAAUUCAGGAAUCUCUGCUAAGUCACCUGUGAAAGGUGGCUGUCCAAACUCUGCUUAAUAACCACCAAGGAAGGAGAGUCCACAACUUCCUGAGUGACUCCUGACAGCUCUGUAAAAAAGUUAUUCCUGAUGUUAUAUUGCACAACACACAAAAUGCCUCUGAAAUGAAAAGAGCAAUUUUUUUUACCAAUUUUGAGGUACUGAACACAAAAACAACAAUAAAUUUGCCAAUUGGCUCAUGUUUCAGAGAUACAAAGAUGCUCAUAUAUAAAUGACCCAGUAGGCACUGAGUACAUAAUUUCAUUUCACAACAGUGUACCUCACUGUAUUUCAAACUCCUGAUUGUGACAUAUCGGGUCCUCCUUUACUAUAUUUCAAACCUCACUGUAUUUCAAACUCCUGAUUGUGACAUAUUGGGUCCUCCCUUAAAGAGGGCACGCACUGAGGUGAGACCUGGACAACCGUCACCCUGUGUAGUGGGUGGGUACUAUUGGUCAGCCACAACACCCGAUUGGUAGGUCCCUCAAAGCUGGGUGCAAUCUGGCCAAUGGGACGCAGUCCAAACGGUUUGAGGGACCUAUUUAUGCCCAUGCACGUGACCCAGAGCUUCCUCUUUCGGCGCGUGCUUUCAGAACACGAACAGCGUGUCCUCUGCGAGCCGAGAGAGAGAUUUAUCAUCUUCCACUCUACCUGAAGUAAAGUUGAUGGCUUUGCGUGAUGUCAUUAUGGACUUUUUGCCAUGGGAAAAAGUUACCUUGAGGCAGAUUCAGUCCCUUUUGGGCCAUUUGAAUUUUGCGUGCAGAGUGGUAGCGCCUGGUCGCCCCUUUUGUGCACGCUUAGCCAGACUUUCAGCUGGCCUGCGCUUACCCCAUCACUGUGUCUGGUUGCCCAGCAAGGUCAGGGCAGACCUAGGGAUGUGGCUUGAAUUCCUUAAGGAGUUCAAUGGCAUACCCAUGUGGCAGGAUACCUUGAAUCUGCAAUUCAAUUUCCAGGUCCAUUCGGAUGCUGCUGGUUCCUUGGGCUUUGGGCUCUAUUUCCAAGGCCAUUGGUGCACUCAGAGGUGGCCUGAGCACUGGCAGGGUACAGCCAUUACCCGUGAUUUAAACUUUCUUGAGUUUCCCCCCAUCGUAGUGGCAGUACACAUCUGGACCACAGAGUUCAAGGACCGGUGGGUCUGUUUCUGGUCCGAUAACAAAGCCGUGGUGAGCGUUUUGGCAAAGCAGUCAUCCUGCUCCAGCAUAGUCUCUGUCCUCUUAUGCACGUUUGUGUUGUGGUGCCUCAGGUUUAAUAUUGCAUGUUCUGCCCAUUUUAUUCCUGCAGCUAAUAAUGACAUUGCGGAUGCCUUAUCCCAUUUUCAGAUGGAGCUCUUCAGAUCCCUGGCUCCGGAGGGCCAGCAGCUUCUGGAAUAUUUCCUGGAGCAGUUUGGAACCUUGGCAACAGAUAGUCCCGCAAGGAGUAAUAGCACCUGUUUCUCCUUCCACUUUGAGGUCUUAUAAGAAGGCCUGGAUGCACUUUUUAGCUUUUAGAGUGCAGCUCAUGACCAGCCUCAGCACAGAGUCACCAUCCACACAUCAGGUGUUGCAGUAUUUGGCUCACCUGCGUUUUAUGGGUUGCACAGUAAAGUCCAUCUGAAUUCAGUCUUCUGCCAUUUCCUUUUUCUGUAAGUCCCCUUAUUCUAGAGACCCUUGUGCAAAAUUUGUGGUGUGCAAGGCUCUUGAAGGCUGGGCCAGAUUACAGCCACCUAACUCGCCAGGUCACAUUUGACAUUCUGUGCACUAUGCGCAGCACCCUGAGAUCAAUCUGUUGGUCUAAUUUUGAGGCGAGACUCUUUACGGCAGCAUUUUCAAUUGACUAUUUCAGUGCACUGCGGGUGGGCAAAGUGGUGGUGCAGGGAAGGACUCCCAGGGGAUUGCUUUUGCAGGGUGUUCAGCUGUCCGAUGCUGAGUUGGUCCUUACCAUUCGCAAUUCCAAAAUGGACUAGUAGGGCAGAGGUGCCUUGAUGAGGCUGUCUGCCACCGGUGAGCCUGGACCUUGUCCAGUUAAGGAUGCCAAUAAAUGUUUGUCCCUUCGCCCGCCUGGGGAUGGUCCCUUCCUGGUUCUGGAGGGUGGGUCCCGGUUAAGGAGGCAUCAAUUUGCUGCAGUAAUGUGCAAGGCGCUGGCAGCAUGUAGCCUGUCGGCCAGUGAGUUUGCACCUCAUUCCUUCCGUAUUGGGGCAGCCACCACCGCUGCGCAUUGGGGCAUGUCAGUUGACAGGAUUAAGGAUCUGGGCCACUGGAGAUCUGGAGCAUACCGAGGUUAUGUUCGGAAGAGGCGUUGAGGUGCAGUUGCUAAUGUUGUUUUGUUCAUUCCUAGGUCCACCUACCCUGCAUGUCAGGAUAGUCAGGCACAGCAUUGUCCACUGGGCCAGCAAGAGGGUUGCGGAGUCUGGAUUUGGACACAGGCUCAGGAUUCCCAACCAUGUGUACGUUUCCUGAAUAUUCAGAUGAGGAAUGCAUUGGGAGGAGCUUCUCCCAACGGUGUGGGUGAAGGUGUCUGGGGAAGGCACGCCUGUGGCGAUGGUGGUGCAGCUGGGCGAGAAUGAUUUGCAGGAAGCUCCCAUCUUGAGCCUGCGGACCCAUAUGCAGGAGGACUUGGAAGAGUUGAAGGCAGCUCUUCCUGGACUCAAUAUUUUUUGGUCGCAGCUGUUGCAGCAACAUGCGUGGCAAGGAAGCCCAUGCCCAGCUGCAACAAGAGGGCCCAGAGACACGUGCAGAGCACAGUGGCCAAGAAGGUUCUGGCCUUGGGAGGGAUGGUGAUCCAUCACCUGGGCAUUACCUCUUGUGAUGCGUCCAUUUGCAGGCUUGAUGGGGUUCAUCUGUCUGUGAUUGGGAAUGAUUUGUGGCUGACCGCCAUGGCCUAAAUUCUGCCAAAAACCAAAACCAAAAUUUGAGUCAAGUGUGGAUUUAUUUAGGGGGGAGGUUUCUGGGUCUGAACACGCAAAUAGCAUCCUAUUGCAUCAGCUAAAGUGCAAGUGCAAAAUGGUUGCUGUGCUGGAAGAGAAGAUGCAGCAACUUGAGGGCUGCCUAGCCACGCUUUGAACUACAUUUCAUUUCAUUUCAUUUCAUUUAUUCUAUUUCUAUGCUGCUUUUCACUCACAUGAGUCACACAGAGGCUUACAAACAAAGAACAUUAACCUAUCAGAACAUCACAAUUAGAGCAUUAAUCAGUUAAAAUAAUUGACAACGAUCAGUAAAACAAUUAGAAAACAUAACAAAAGCAAUAAUCUUCUCUAAAACACUAUUAACAAAACAACUAAAAAAAACCAUGAAACAGCACAACCAGAACAAAGGUCAUAUUAUAAGAUUCACAAAACACUACAGCACUCAUAAUCCACAAAACAAUAUUAACAAACAUUAACAAACUAAACACUGUUCAAUUCAAACAAACACAUGAACGUACACUCCCCAGCUGCAUGACUCACAAUUGUCCAAUCAGUUCAUCAAAAGAUGCAACCACAUAAAGCCCAUUGCAGCACCUCCAUUUUGAAGGUCCCUACAGGGCUAGAUGUGGAAUUUGGGUGCCCCUACAGAGGUGGAAUAUUGCCCAUUGCAGGAGACAACCCCCUGGAGGAAUAUUAAGUGAUGGCCAGGAACAGUAUUAAGUGAUGGCCCCACUUAGGGCUGAACUUAAGCAUUUCCCACUUAAACACUUUGUCAGUCAAAUCAGAAAACUGGCUCAUUCCUAUUGUGUAGGGUGUUUCUCUUGUGCAGCUUCGGGUUGUGUUGUUCAACCUCUUUUCAGUUGCUCUUCCACAUGGUUCUCUGGCGUUUGUCUUCCUCUGGGGGCUAUUCUUUAGAGUGUAUGAUUAUACCUGGACACCCCCCCCCCAAAAAAAACUUCAUCUGAGGCUGGAGCCAUUGUUGUAGAGCAAGCCCUGAGUAAGAUCGGCCCUAUCAGCCCUGCCACAGAGAUCUGAAACUUUUAUUUUCUCUCUCUUCUGAGCCUCAGACAGCCACCCCUGUUAGGAGAGGAAGUGUCUGACACACACAAAUCUCUGGGUCUCCUCACUUUCAAAUUGAUCCAUAGGCCCAGAAAGCUGUGGUGCUGUGUUUGCAUCCCUUUGGGCAUCACAUUCUCAACAUGUGAUCUGCAGCAACUGGUACUAAGAGGCUUACUGGCUAUCAUACUGGAGGGAAGGUAGCCAUCAUGACUACGUUUAAAAAGAUACUGAGAAGCUACAAAACUGACAAUGCAAAGGAGUGGUUCCAUGGAUACAAGCAGGUUCCAGGUUCACCUGAUUGCUGGGAAGAUAAAGAGAUGUGUGUGUGAUUGUUGAUUACUUUGUGCCUUGUUGGGAAUAUGUUUCCUCCACAGGCCUUGUGAUAAAACAGAGCUGGAGAAAGACUGGAAAGAAUUCGCUUCUUUAAAGUUCCAGUUGACUAACAAUGAAGGUGCGGUUGGACUGGAAGAGGCAUCUGGCUGUCUGCCACAGAAGUCCUAAAAAUGAUUGCAUCCACAAUCAAAAAGGAGCUUUGUGUUCCAAUUUUAAAAAACAGGAUUUCUGGGACAGCAUGGACUCUGUAUUUCCAUAAUAUCCCACCACUCCUUCCCAGCUGGAACUCUCAGGCCCCUUUCCUUCACCUAUAAAUUCCCCCAAGCCAGCUUCUUCUUCCACAGCUCACCUGGUGGUUCGUUCUGAGUGCUCCUUGGCUUCUGAUUGUGCUGGCAUUAUGAAGGCUUUCCUGAGUAUGUGCUUUCUCUUCGUUCUAGUUUCUUCUGGUGAGUAGGAAUGUUUCCCUUAAUCAUAUCUGGGUGGGUGUUAGCAGGGGUCAGAAUGGGAAGACUGAAACAGGUUUUUGGAAGAGAAAAGAGAUGGAUGGGUGCACCUUUCUUCUCCUGGCGCACCUUUCUUCCCAUAACCUCCAGGCCCUCCCCGUCCAGCCAACAGCUAUUUGUUGGGCUGUUGGUAGAGAUGGUGAGUGUGUGUGUGUGUACACAUGCAGCCUCCGACCCACCAUUGGAAGUGGAUCUUGAGAUAAGUAAAAUUCCUCAUGUCUGGUAAUAGUGGUUUGAAUCCAAGAGCUGAGAUCAAGUUCAGAUUUCUCUCUAUGAAUGUACGUAGAUGUCAUUUCUCAAGGAAUGAGAAACUCAUGGCACUGAGUGAUUCCUACUCUUUCCUCCCAGAUGUAUCAGAUGAAUGUAUCGUUUACAUUGCCGGUGGAAUGGAACUGACAGAGUUCUGUCAUAAUGGACAGGAUAGCUGCUUUUCAAAUUUUACUCGAUAUAAUUUAGGUGAGUGUAAAGCCUUUUAGUCCAAUCAAAGCUGAAUGUGUGGGCCCUGGAUUAUCAGGGGAUGAUGUGCAUGUAUGAAUGCAAAAUGACCAUAGAGUGUGCUCUCGUCAAGAAGUCCAGCAAUAUGGUGACAGCUCACAUCCUCAAACUCUGACAGAUACACUCUAACAUCAAAUGAAGCCACAAGAGAUCUAUUUUUAAAAUAACAAACAUUUAUCUAUCAUUUAUCUGUCUGUCUAUCUCCCCACAAAGGCUUACUUGCAAAACAUUUUUCAUUUUAUGAGAGCCAAAUUGAGGUGAGAUCAAGGGAAUGAAAAGAGUAGAGGGAAAAGGAAAGAGCAGGAAAUAAUACAAUCUGCUGGGGCUCUUCAGGAAGUAGGAACAAUAUUGAGAAAGGAUAAACCAACUCUCUUUUCUGUAUCUCAGCAAUAAAUAUUGUAACAAUGCUGUAACAACAAAUAAUAUUGUAGUGUUACCAUAAAACAGGAAUGUAAAGUUUCUGGGGCAUCUUGAUUUGAAUGAAUUAACUCUGUCAUGCCAUAGUUUGAAAAUUGUACUAGAGAGUCCAUAGCCACAGGGCCCCAUCCUUUCCCUCCAUGAAUCACUUGCCUGUUUUAAGCAAAGAGUGUAAUAUGCUAGAUGAUUCUUCAUUGUAUUUUUAUUACAUCUACAAACUCUUUUAGUAUCAUUGGGUGCAGCUCAUCAGGCGCUGGAGAUUGGAAUUGACUUAAAAUAGCUAGGUGUUCCCUUACCACCUCUUUUCCUUUCUUGGGCUACAGCUCCCUCCUGACAUCAUUUAUUAUGUUAUCAGCAAGCUAGGGACUUUUCUUUUGGGUAAAUAUGUUGUCACUCAGCAGCAUUUCUCUGACUUCUCUGUUGCAUCAAUAUGUAUAUUAGGAAGCAUCAUAUAAAUUUCAACUAUUAGGGGGCUGGUUUGUAAAAUGUUGGUUUUGAAUUGUACCCUUUUCUUUCUUUGUCUCUCUCACAGGUGAUAUUAUAUUUGAAAGAGAAAGGUGGGGAUGCACUUCAGAUUGUACCCCAGGGGAUUACAGCUUUACUACACUAAAAGAUAGAUAUUUCCGCCGUAGAAUCCACUGCUGUCAGGGUGAUUACUGCAAUAACCAAACCAUACCGGGUAAAUAUCUGCAUGCUUUUGAAUCUACAUACCCCUGAGAAUGAACGUCAUUUCGGUUUCAGGUUUCAUCCUUGUGUACCCAUAGAAUAGACUAAUGCUACUGUUCUAGACCAAGAUUCUUCUCCUAGUUUGCAUGGAAGAUGGUUAGAAUCACCCUCACCACCUGUUUCUCAAAGAGAAAGCAGAUAGCCUAUGUUAACCGCUGAUUGAUCAAGAGCUUCAGAUGACCCCUGAGAAUGUGGAGAAAACACCCUGGAUAAAUUGGAGGAUUUGAGAGAGAGAUAAGAACACAUGUCCUCCUUGUUCCCUGAUAGCCGUGCUUAACCUGAGUGUUAUCCAGUUGGGCAGAUCUGAGGAGGAAGUGAGGGGAACCAUCUGUUGGUACUAAUGGCCAUCCAGAAAACUACAAAGCAGCACUGCUGAGGGGUUGGGUUGAGGGUGCCCUCUGCAAAGGGUUUUUGCGGAGGGUUCAUCUUGUGUGGGUUGAAUUGUCUUAGUGCACUCCUUGGUGGAAAGGUUGAGAACCAGGUAGCAGAUGUGUGCAGCUCCACCCUAUCCUUGGGUGGAAGAUGGCAACUUAUGAGAGCGCCUGUUUGCUGUUGGGAACAGUAGAUCUCUGUGAGUUUUGGGUGGUAAUUGGAAUGGCUAUUUCAAUAAAUGAUGAGUUUCAAUGUCUCCUUGGGUUUGUAGUAGUAGUAGUAGUAGUAAUAAUAAUAAUAAUAAUAAUAAUAAUAAUAAUAUAAUUGUACCCCACCCAUCUGACUGGCUUGUCCCAGCCAAACUUAGUGGCUUCCAGCUUAUACAAAAACAUAAUAAAGCAUAAAAUGAUAAAAGCCUUCCAAUACAGAGCUGUCUUCGGAUGUCUUCUAAAGGUUGUAUAGUUACUUAUCUCCUUGAUGUCUGAUAGGAGAGCAUUCCACAGGGUGGGCACCACUACCAAGAAGGCCCCUCUGCCUGCUUCCCCACAACCUCAUUUAUUGCAGUGAAGGAGCCUUGAGAAAGCCCUUGGAACUGAACCUCAGUGUCCAGGCUGAAUGAUUGGGGUAGAAAUGCUUCUUCAGGUAUACUGGUCUGUGGCUGUUUAUAGCUUUAAAGGCCAGCACCAACACUUUGAAUUAUGCCCAGAAACAUACUAGGAGCCAGUGUUGGUGUUAAAUUUUUUAAUUCAUUUUCAAUAACAUUCUUCCAAUUAAUGACAAAUCAAAUCAAAUCAAAUCAAAUCAAAUCAAAUCAAAUCAAAUCAAUGCAUAUUCCAAUAAUAACAAUACCACCAAUUAUAUAUUCCAAUAAUAAAUAAUUUUGGGGAAUUCCCAUGUUCUAGUUGUCUAGAGAUAUUCAUCCUCAUUCAUGUCUCUCAUGUUUCGGCUAUUUUUCCAAAUUCAAAACUAAUAUUAUUCAUCCUGAUUCUCAGUCUAAUCAGUCGUUUCUGUGGCUCACAUCUUCUGUAGCAAAGUUUUUGUAUUGUUAACACACAGCAGGCAUUUUUUAAUUCAUCUCCUUCUCUGUCCAAUUAUUUUGGUAUUCAGUCCUCUUAUCUCUCCUUUGACUGUCAAGUUCUCAUUAAUGGCAACAGGCUUUGUUCCAAAAAUAGAGUUUAUAAAUGGCAAGUCAACAAAUUCUCUCUGAUGCCUCUUAAUGAGCUGAUAUCUGCAUAUGUCUGUAUAAAAUGCUGUAUUAUGGGGCAUGCUUCCCAGCUCUAUAUUAUGUGAGAAUUAUUUGAAUUCUUCCAAGAUCAAAAGAACCCCCUCCAGCUCCUCCAGGCCCUAGAAGAGCUGGCAGGGACCCAGUGCUCUCCGUCCUUCUGUCCACAAUUUCUGUCCACAUUCAUGUAUAAAAAGAAUCCAUACAAGCAGAUGUAUUUUUAAAUGAAGUACACCCCAAGUCCAAAGGAGUUCUUUUCCAUGAGAAUUCCUUUUUUUUUUUUGGUAACUGCGCAAUAAUCAUCACCAUUUUGUUUCCGUCUGGAGAGUGCCAGCCAUACCGUGCUCUUAGACCCAGCAUUUGUGUUGCCCACACCUUCAUGCAAGCUGACAGAUCACGGACUAUCUGCGGGUCUGUGAGACAGACCUCCACCACCUUGGGGAGUCUGCCAUGGCUAAUUACUCCCAUAUCACCCCUGAAUUACUGGCAUGGCUAGGGUCCAUUGGUGUGGGAGGCAGCCAUUUCCCAUAGCAGGAAACCGGAAGCGCCGGGAGCCAGUGUUAUAUGGUUCCGGCGGCUGCUCCUACUCACCAAUCUGGCAGCCCCACAUAGUGUGCUGCAGUAGUCCAAGUGGGAGAUAACCAGAGCAUGCACCCCCUGGCAGGACAGUGCACAGGCAGGCAGGGUCUCAGCCUGCCUAACAAAUGGAUCUGGUAAACAGCUGCCCUGGACACAGAAUUAACUUGUGCCUCCAUGGACAGCUGUGAGUCCAAAAUGACUCCCAGGCCAUGCACCUGGUCCUUCAGGGGCAUAGUUACUCCAUUUAGGACCAGGGAGCCCCCAUACAUGCCCACCCUCUGUCCCCCAGAAACAGUACUUCUAUCUUGUUGACAUUCAACCUCAAUCCAUUAGCUGCCAUCCAUACUUUUUUUUCCUGAGAGGAAGGAGUGAGUGGGGUUAGUGGUUGGUGACUUACUGAGAUAGAUAUACUGGAAUGAGUGGGUGGAUGAUGUGUUUUGUAUGUAUUAGCUGAACAGACUAGGAGGAGUCAUAUUAAAUUUUUGUGCAUAUGUAAAUCAGGAUUUGGCUGUGGUGUGUAGUGUUUAGUGCAUGAAGGAAGGGGUCCCUGACUCCAAAGAUAUUUCAAAAUGUGUUGCUGUGUUUUUUAAAAAAUAUAUUAUUGCAAUGUAUUGUAGUUAUAUUGAAAACUGCAUUUUAUUUUAUUGUGGUUACUCAGUUUCACACACACAGAGAGAGAGAGAGAGAGAGAGAGAGAGAGAGAGAGAGAGACGUGGGUGGCACUGUGGUCUAAUCCACUGAGCCUCUUGGACUUGCCGAUCGUAGAGUCAGCAGCUCAAAUCCAUGCGAUGGAAUGAGCUCCCAUUGCUUUAUCACAGCUCUUGCUAACCUAGCAGUUAGAAAGCAUUCCAGCAAAAGUAGAUAAAUAGGCACCACUGGGAUGGAAAGGUAAACAGUGUUUUUGUGCAAAUUCAACUGGACUUAACUUAACACACAAACACACACACACACACACAGAGAGAGAGAGAGAGAGAGAGAGAGAGAGAGAGAGAUUUUGUAAACUACUUAGGGACUUUUUUAUGUACAGUUGUACCUCAGGUUAAAUACUUAAUUCAUUCCGGAGGUUUGUUCUUAACCUGAAACUGUUCUUAACCUGAAACUGUUCUUAACCUGAAGCACCACUUUAGCUAAUGGGGCCUCCUGCUGCCGCCACGCCACCGGAGCCUGAUUUCUGUUCUCAUCCUGAAGCAAAGUUCUUAACCUGAAGCACUAUUUCUGGGUUAGCGGAGUUUGUAACCUGAAGCGUAUGUAACCUGAGGUACCACUGUAUUGAGUGGUAUAUAAAAAUAAUAAAUACAACAUGAAAACAAAAUUUAUUUAUUUGAGAAAUUUAUAUACUGCCCUUCAUCAAUAGGUCACAGGACAGUUUACAACACAGCACCAAAUAAACAACAUAAUAUACCUUGUUGUUGUUGUUGUUUAGUCGUGUCCGACUCUUCGUGACCCCAUGGACCAGAGCACGCCAGGCACUUAGGUCAUCCAUUGCCUCCUGCAGUUUGGUCAAACUCCUGCUGGUAGCUUCAAGAACACUAUCCAACCAUCUCGUCCUCUGUCGCCCCCUUUUCCUUGUGCCCUCCAUCUUUCCCAACAUCAGGGUCUUUUCCAGGGAGUCUUCUCUUCUCAUGAGGUGGCCAAAAUAUUGGAGUCUCAGCUUCAUGAUCUGUCCUUCCAGUGAGCACUCAGGGCUGAUUUCCUUAAGAAUGGAUAGGUUUGAUCUUCUUGCAGUCCAUGGGACUCUCAAGAGUCUCCUCCAGCACCAUAAUUCAAAAGCAUCAAUUCAUCAGUGAUCAGCCUUCUUUAUGGUCCAGCUCUCACUUCCAUUCAUCACUACUGGGAAAACCAUAGCUUUAACUAUACGGACAUUUGUUGGCAAGGUGAUGUUCUGCUUUUUAAGAUGCUGUCUAGGUUUGUCGUUACUUUUCUCCCAGGAAGCAGGCGUCUUUUAAUUUCAUGGCUGCUGUCACUAUCUGCAGUGAUCAUAGAGCCCAAGAAAGUAAAAUCUCUCACUGCCUCCAUUUCUUCCCCUUCUAUUUGCCCGGAAGUGAUGGGACCAGUGGCCAUGAUCUUCAUUUUUUUGAUGUUGAGCUUCAACCCAUAUUUUGUGCUCUCCUCUUUCACCCUCAUUAAAAACUUCUUUAAUUCCUCCUCACUUUCUGCCAUCAAUGUUGUGUCAUCUGCAUAUCUGAGGUUGUUGAUAUUUCUUCCAGCAAUCUUAAUUCCAGCUAGGGAUUCAUCCAGCCCUGCCUUUCGCAUGAUGAAUUCUGCAUAUAAGUUAAAUAAGCAGGGAGACAAUAUACAGCCUUGUCGUACUCCUUCCCCAAUUUUGAACCAAUCAGUUGUUCCAUAUCCAGUUCUAACUGUAGCUUCUUGUCCCACAUAGAGAUUUCUUAGGAAACAGAGGAGGUGAUCAGGCACUCCCAUUUCUUUAAGAACUUGCCAUAGUUUGCUGUGGUCAACACAGUCAAAGGCUUUUGCAUAGUCAAUGAAGCAGAAGUAGAUGUCUUUCUGGAACUCUCUAGAUUUCUCCAUAAUCCAGCACAUGUUUGCAAUUUGGUCUCUGGUUCCUCUGCCUGUUCUAAAUCCAGCUUGUACUUCUGGGAGUUCUAGGUCCACAUACUGCUUGAGCCUUCUUUGUAGAAUUUUAAGCAUAACCUUGCUAGCGUGUGAAAUGAGUGCAAUUGUGCGGUAGUUGGAGCAUUCUUUGGCACUGCCUUUCUUUGGGAUUGGGAUGUAGACUGAUCUUCUCCAAUCCUCUGGCCACUGCUGAGUUUUCCAAACUUGCUGGCAUAUUGAGUGUAGCACCUUAACAGCAUCAUCUCUUAAAUUUUUAAAUAGUUCAGCUGGAAUAUCAUCACUUCCACUGGCCUUGUUAUUUGCAGUGCUUUCUAAGGCCCAUUUGACUUCAUUCUCCAGGAUGUCUGGCUCAAGCUCAGCAACCACACUACCUGGGGUGUACGAGCCAUCCAUAUCUUUUUGGUAUAAUUCCUCUGUGUAUUCUUGUCACCUCUUCUUGAUGCCUUCUGCUUCUGUUAGGUCCUUACCACGUUUGUCCUUUAUUAUGGUAAUCUUUGUACGAAAUGUUCCUUUCAUAUCUCCAAUAUUCUUGAACAGAUUCUGGUUCUUCCCUACAUAACAUUAUGUUCAUAUAUAUAACUCGAAGUAUUAAGGUAAAGGUAAAGGGACCCCUGACCAUUAGGUCCAGUCGUGGCCGACUCUGGGGUUGCGGCGCUCAUCUCGCUUUACUGGCCGAGGGAGCCGGCGUACAGCUUCCAGGUCAUGUGGCCAGCAUGACUAAGCUGCUUCUGGCGAACUAGUGCAGCGCACGAAAACGCCGUUUACCUUCCCGCUGGAGUGGUACCUAUUUAUCUACUUGCACUUUGAUGUGCUUUCGAACUGCUAGGUUGGCAGGAGCAGGGACCAACGGGAGCUCACCCCAUCGUGGGGAUUUGAACCGCCGACCUUCGGAUCGGCAAGUCCUAGGCUCUGUGGUUUAACCCACAGCACCACCCGCGUCCCCUACUCGAAGUAUUAAGUCAUGUGUAAUAAUACAUCAUGGAAUAUAGUACAUCAUAAAUAACACAGGAGUGCCUGGCGUGCUCUGGUCCAUGGGGUCGCGAAGAGUCGGACAUGACUAAACGACUAAACAACAACAAUAACGAAUAACGCAUAAAGAAAAGCCUUUCAACUUAUUCACUUUGGCAUCCCAGUAAUAAUCUCCACAUCUCAUCCCAAUCAAAAAAGAAAAAUUAUUAUCCAUUCAGCUCAGAUGCAACUAUUAAACAUAACACUUAUUUAUCAACAGCAUGAAAGAGAAGAGAGAAAGAGAGUGAGAGAAAAUAAGUGCAAAAGUAGCUCCUAAUCUCUCUCCUCAUAUGACAGACUAUCUUCAGUUAUCUUCUGGGAGCGUUCAUUUUCUCACCUAGCCUUAAAACCUGGUAAAUCUCAGCUUCCCACAAGAAUCUUGCCAAGAUGUUGAUGCCAAGAUGUUUCUUUGUCACCUCCUGCAGUAAGUCCACCUCUCCCCUCAAGAGUGAAAUUCACCCAUAGUGUGGGUAGAGUCUCUCCAGUGUAUCUCAGGACAGCAGCAACUAAAAUUGCUCCCUUUUCUUCAUAAACUGGUUGCCAGACUCUUCAACUGCAUUGCAUCAGUGAAUGGUUCUAGAAGCAGAAUGCAGUGGAAACACUGCACAUAUCUCAUAGGAUUAGACAACUGGAGCCUAGGAAUUAAAAUAGAAACAUCUGGUCUGGAUUCAUGCAUUGAUUCUAACGCUUGCUUUUGGCAGCACGGUAUCCACCCUACAAUGGUCUGAAGUGCCCAGGCUGCUCUGCUUCCAGCUUUGAAGAUUGCCAGGACUCAGAGACUGUCAGGUGUAGAGGUGAAGAGAAUCUGUGCAUAGAGUUUGUGAUGGCUAACUGUAAGUACUGCGGUUAACCAUUGAAUCAGAGGUGGGAGGUGGACACAGUUUGCUAAGGUGUGUGGGUGGGUUGCUGUCUCAUUCAGUCUGUGGCUUCCUGCCAGAAAAUAUAUAGUAUGUGUAUGGGAAGGGGAGUUCCCCCCCAAAAAAUAUUAGCGUUCCAAUAGCCUUUGCUUUGCAUGUAAUGUGAGUGGGUGGCGCUGUGGUCUAAACCACUGAGCCUCUUGGGCUUGCCAAUUGGCAGGUCAGUGGUUGGAAUCUGCGUGAUGGGGUGAGCUCCCGUUGCUCUGUCCCAGCUCCUCCCAUCAUGGCAGUUCAAAAGCACUCCGGUGCGAGUAGAUAAAUAAGUACUGCUGCAGUGGGAAGGUAAAUGGCAUUUCUGUGUGCACUGGCUUCCGUCAUGGUGUCCUGUUGCGCCAGAAGUGGUUUAGUCAUGCUGGCCACAUGACCCAGAAAGUUGUCUGUGGACAAAUGCCAUCUCCCUCAGCGCCACAACCCCAUAGUCACCUUUGACUGGACUGAACUGUUUGGGGGUCCUUGACCAUCUUUACUUAUAUGGAUGAGAGCAGGUGUUGGCAAGGUUUACGCUACCUGGGCCAGAUCAAUUCCAUGGAGCCGCCUCUGUGGGUUGGAUAGCGGGUGCACAUGAGCGUGCCCACCUGUGAUCUCGGGCAUCUGCGUGAGUCUGCACAUGCACAGAUGCAAUUUCUGGUGUCUGUGUGUGUCAUUUCCAACGCCGCGGAAGCGAGUCCCCGUGUUGUGCCUUGCUGUGCCACAGUGCGGCGCAGGAACUCACCAAGCGGGCAGCUCAGUUCUGGGGUGCCUCAUGGGCCAGUUAUACGGCCACCUCUGUGGGCCACUUCCGGCCCAUGGGCUACAGGUUGCUGGUGCCUGGAUGAGACUAUGUCUCUCUCUCUCUCUCUCUCUCUCUCUCUCUCUCUGUGUGUGUACAUACAUAUACAUACACACACACACACAGAGAGAGAGAGAGAGAGAGAGCAUUUCAAUGAGCCUUAAAAAAAACCCAAAAACUUAAAGCAGCCAUGGAUUUUGAAUUCCAUAACCAUGUUGGUUGGGUUUUAAGCAUCAGUAUGAUAUUAGGAUGCGAUUUUAACAUGUUUCUAUAUGCACAAUACAGUUUAUAAUGAUUAAAAUGUUCCCAUUCUCUGUCUCCUGCACCCUGUGACCCUGGUACAUUGAGUACAGUUCAUUAAUUGUAUGACUAUGCUUUUUUCUCUUUAUUAGAUGGCCUUAAUCGUUCUGAUAAGGUUUUCAAAGGCUGUGCCACAUGGGAUUUUUGCACGCUGGCAAGGACAUCAACGGAUGAUGACUUUUUUCGUAAUAUCAACCAAUCACAAUGCUGUCAUACUGCAAUACUACCAAAGAAGUCCAACCUUGAUGAGUAAUUAGAAGAUAGCAAAGUCUUCCCCUUUGACAUCCAUGAUAUGCAGCCACAGUGAAGGAGGAAGUUGCUUACCUGAUAUUGGGAGUGCAGAGAAAGUGGGGUUCACAGGACUGCAGAGUCCCCUAUUUGGCAUUUAGUGUAGGAUGAAUGGGAUGCAGGGAUGGAUAAGCUAAAGUAGAAAAGUGGGGC